CCCCACCCUGAACAAUUUCAAAGUUAUUUCCUCGACUUCCCUCCGCUGAUAUGUCGUCGCCUUCUCCACAUACUCUGCUCGCUCGCUCUCUCCCCCCACAUGCAGCUGCAAAGAAGAGAAAAGCCACGGGGGCAACCCUGCUGCAGCAGUGGCAAGCAGCCUCGCUCUGCUGCGGCCAUUUUAAACAUUUGGGGGGGGGGGCAGCGGCGGGAGGGAUAGAGGUGUUGCGUUUUGCUUUUGCAAAUGACGAACUACACCUUCUUUCUGUGUGCGUGUGUUUUAAGGGCUGGCCUCCUCCUCUGGAAAGGAGGGAGCGGAAAAUAAAUAAAUAAAUGGAGAGAGAGAGCGAGAGAGGUGGUGUGUUGAGCGGUGCAUGUCGUCUUCGGGAGGCUGGCUUUCGCUCUGAGGGAAGGCAUUGACCGCAGCAGCAGCAGCAGCAGUAGCAGUAGCAACACGGGAGGGGCGGCUCGACCCGGUCGCUGCCGUCCAUUCUUUCUCGCCGCCCCCGCCUUCGGGUGCCAGGCAGCGGAGAAGAAAGGGCAGCCGGCGUGGCUACCGCCUUUCUCUCUCGCGGGGGCAAGCUUCGCUGACGCCGGACACACCAUAAGGGGAGGCAGCGGGAGAGAGACAGAGAGGAAAAGGGGCCGCCGCCGCUUCUGGUCUACCGGCGUCUGUCUCUCUCCCUCCCCCCCCCCCAACCGCCCGCCAUUGCAAUAGGCGGUUGGCCGGUGAGGGGCAUUGGAAGUCCCUUUCUCUCCUCCCCCCUCCGGCAUCCAGUCGCCGAGCGUGCGCCGAGUGGGCCUCAGCCGCGGCGGAAGAGGCAGGCCGAAGCGGGAGGAACGAGGCCUAGUGCCGUGGCUGCGCCUCUGAGGCGCCGGCGCCUGGGCACGAGAGGCAGCAGCUGCUCCCCGGGGGCGCGAUGGUGUGAGGAAAGGGCUGGCCGAGCGAAGAUGGCCGGCGGUGCUGGAGUCGGGGGCGGCGGUGUCGGGGGCGGAGUGGGCCGCAGCAGCGUCGGGGGCUCCAGACACAGCCUCUUCCUGGAGGGUGAGUUGGGUUUGUUGUUUUAUUAUGGCAAGCGCCGGGAAGGGGGGAAGCCCACCCAGGGUGGGCAGCCUAAGGACACCGCUUGCUUCCGAGUAGACGUGGAAAAAGAGAGGCUGGAGGUUCAGAAGGGGGUCGGCAGGUUUCCUCCCGCCCCGUUUAGGUGUGUGUGUGGCGGGGGGGGGGGAUAUUUCCCAUGCAGUUUCGAGGGCUUUCAAAGGGGAGCGUGUGUGUGUGUGUGUGUGUGUGUGUGUGUGUGGCGAUGGGUGACUGGCAAAGGUGAAUGUUUAGGGAAAAGCUCAAGCGGGUUUUACUUUUCUGUGUAUGGCUGUUCGCCGUGGUCAGUUGCUAAGGGCAGUGACCUGUUUUUCAUCCUUCCACCUCAUCUCCUUUUCUCCUCCCCCCCCCCCCCCGCUUCUUCGUAUUUUCUAUUUUAAAGGAAAUUAGAAAUGUCAUAUUGAAUAUAGUGGGAAGGAAGAACAGGUGGGUUGGUGGGAAUCCUAACGUGGGAAUAUUGCCAUGUAAGGUUUCUCUUUUUCUUUUCUUUCUCUCUCUCUCUGUUUUCAUACCUGCUUCACUUGGAAAGGUAAGGGAACGACUUACCAUAUAUAUAGCAUGAUCCUAUACGUAUUGGUUGGGCCCACUGUGUUACUUCUAGCAAAGUGUAAAUAGGGUUUUUAGACUUAAUUAGUCCUAUUUGUAAAAAGGUAGCUUUUGCAGCACUAAAUGUAUGAAGUACAGCAAAAAGUUUGCCAAGUACUCAUAUAAUUUGUUCUAAUAUUGUUCUGUUUCUCUUUAGGGUACAGAGAGUUUAAUGAAUUGUGCAAGCAUGAUAGCUUUGCAUCCUGUUUCCCCACAGUGAUAAUGCAACAUGCUGUCUUCUAAAAAAUACUUUAUCUGGGAGAUAGAUUUCAAAGAAUAGUUCCUCUCCUGUUAUGCCUAUUUUUAAAUGGUAGUAUGCAUUUAUACAUCACAUAAUUAGAGAGAUAAUAUAUGUGAUAAUCCUGUCAAACAUAUUAUUUUUAGUGUUUUGUUCCAUAAAUCAAAUAGUACUGAUGCUUCAAAUUGAGAGAUGGAGAAUUAUGAGUACAAGUUCAUAUGCUUUCUUUCAUAUUGAUCUGUUAAGGGAAACACUAAUUUAUUAUAAUGUACAAAGAGCAAAAUCAAUGGCUAGAAAGUAAUGUGAAGAAUCUCUCCGAUACAGUUCUUUGGAUGGGUGAUGUAGCAGUGCAGUGUCAGAAAAUGACACUGCACAAUUGAUGCAAGCUGAAAGAAAAGGUUUAAGCUUGAUCCACAAAUGCAACUAUCUACACUAGUGGGUGCUCAAUAUAGAAAUGAGUUUUACAUGCAUAGGAGCCUUUAUUCACGUUGCCACUCACAAGAAUGGUUGCAUGUGUGAAUUGAGUCUACUGCUGCCUGUUAAGAGUUGUGUGUUCCAAGUGAAUGAAGGCUGCUUACAUUUAAUAUUGCCACUAUCUGUAGAAGCUGAUUUAUUAUCAGGACAAAGAAACUGACUAGUUUCUGCUACCCUGCCACAGUAAGUUGCAGUACUGCUGUUUACACAUUUGCAAUCCCAUUUAAUAGGUCAGGCUUGCACUCUUGCAACUGUGAAUCAAGCUUAAACCUCUUUUAGCCAGCAUCUGUAGUCUCUGCAAAUUGGUUUGCUUGGUCACACCGGCCUGCUGCUUAAAUUGGCAAGAUGAUGAGGGUGUUGUUGUGAUUCUCAAAGAAGUAAUCCAGUUUGCUAUUCCAGGCCGUAUUCUUAUGGGGGCAUUGUAUUGCAGAGUCUUGGUAGGUGUUGUGAGGAAUAUUGUGGGGGCAGUGAUUUUCUCCUCAGUGAGAUAUUUCCUUCCCACAUGAAAAUCUGAAAGCAGACAUAUGUUGUCCCUGUUUAGAUGUAAUGUUCUCCAUCUGAUCACUAUGGUCCAUCUUAUCAGGCUAAGACUGAGUGUUGUGGCAGGAGUCUUUCCUCCCUUUAGUCACAUUCCUUAAUCCAAAACUUUCUGGGGUUUGUUAAACCACACUAUUCCCUUACAUCUAAAUCAGGAAACAGAGGUUGAAGUGAUGACUAUAAUUCUGGCUUGCUAACCAGAAUCAAGCCAUGACUUGCAGUUCUUUGAGAAAGGUUUAUUGGACUAAUAUUUUUAAAGUCUUGACUGGGUCAGUAACAAGGAUACUGAGUGCCAAGAACAGUUCAGAGUAUGCCAGCAUGGAACAUAUGCAGAGAAAGCCAGCUGUUGCAGAUGUGCCCUUAUUGGUGAUGGUGGUUAAGAACUAUGACAACAAAAACAACAGUCUGGAAUGUAUUAUAGAUGAUUACUAUUUAGAUUACAAAUUUAUUUUAUUAGUAAUCUCAUAUAUAUGGGGUAUGCAGGCUUCUAGGUAUUGCAUUUCUACACUAUAUUUCAUUCAGUUCCAGUUAAAUGAAAUAGUGAUUAUUUUCAGUCGUGUGCUGAAGGUAGCUAAACAGAAUCAAAGCAUAAAAUAAUUACCUUAAAUAAACACAAAAUAGAAAAGCAAGGCCUGUCCCUUGCUACUAAAAUUUGACUAUGUCAGGUGGCCACAGCAGGAGUUGCAAAUGAAGGAAGUGCUUGGUCUGGUAGUUAGUGUUUUCUUUCACAAGAAAGGGCAUGUUGGUAUUCUUAAGCCCCAUUAACAGUAUUUUAAACUUCUACAUCUAUAUAGUUUCUAGGAGAUGGCAUAGGUCUCAACUUGCACAGUUUUUCAGGCUAUGAAUACAUUUUAGACUUAAUUGAACAGCGCACACAAUCAUGUUAUGGGAACAUAGUUGCAUGAACAAAUUUUGACUAUGAUAUGCGAUGGUCCCUAUCAAAGUGGCUGGGCCAUCCAGUGUCAAGAACGUUAGGCAUGUUUAAUCCCUUCUUGCUAUUGUUUCCAAUGAAUGGUGUUCAUUUCCAAUAGGAAUGAACAAAAAUGAGGAUUUGGGGCAUCAGGAUUUUGUCAUACUUUUUUUGUAUAGAAUAACUAAAUAGAAUAAAUGUAUUUCUAUAUAAUUCCCACAGCAAGCAAGCAAUGACUUCUAGUGAGAAUGAAACCAUUUCUGUAGCAAUUUCCUAUUUUUUACUUUACUGAGCUGCUCCUGUUUAUUUAUUGAUGUUUGCAUUCUUUAAUGACUUCUGUUGAUUUCAAAAAUUCAGUAGCUUUAAAGCAUCACUGCACUUCUGAGUCUGUAAGGAACUUUUGAUCAUGGGGCACAGGAUUCUGGGAAACCCUACAUGUAAUCAAUUUAUAAAACCAAGUUCCAAAUGUUCUUUGGUACUUUAGUAUACCCAAGAAAUGAAACAUAGGAUGGGGCUAUGUAGAUUGAAGCAGGUUCGCUUCUUUGUAGUCAGCAUCACCAGGAGUAGGGAGCUAGUUUAGGAGCCCACUCUCAUGAUCUCUGAAAGCAUCCCUUUUACUUCCUCUCAGAAACGUGAGCCAGCGUGGUGUAGUGGUUAAGAGUGGUAGAUUCGUAAUCUGGGGAAUCGGGUUCGCAUCUCCACUCCUCCACAUGCAGCUGCUGGGUGACCUUGGGCUAGGCACACUUCUCUGAAGUCUCAUCUCCAUUCACCUUACAGUGUUUGUUGUGGGGGAGGAAGGGAAAGGAGAAUGUUAGCCGCUUUGAGACUCCUUCGGGUAGUGAUAAAGCGGGAUAUCAAAUCCAAACUCUUCUUCUCUUCUUCUUCUUCAUUCUUAUCAGGAAAACUAAAAGGCUACAUUUGGUUUGUGGUUUUGGGGAAGGGGAAGAUGCCCAGUACUCCUCUAUGUAAGUUUUAAAAAGGCUGCCUGGAUUUGACCAAAGGCUCUGCUAGGCCCACACCCUAAUCUCUACAGUGGCUAACCAAAUUCCUAUGGCAAGGCCACAACUAGAACAUAGUCUUCCUCUGCUCAUGAUCCCCAUCAGUGUGUUCAGAAGCAUGCUGCCUCUGAUACUAGAGAUAAUACAGCGCUAUCAUGACUAGUAACCAUUGGUAGUCUUAUUCUCCUGACUUUGGAUGGCCUUGUACUUCUGACAGUGUCACUGGUCAUGAAUAAUUUGGGCAGUAAAUAAUGAGGGCAGUUCAGGUGAAGGAACUAUUAUUCCCCUUAUUCCCCUGCCUUUGCCACCAACCUAACAAUAUCUGAAACAUAUUUUCUGAGCUAGGUAAGUGAACGUGUGCUUUCCUCUUUAGCGCCUGGAGAGAAUGCUCACUGUGGGUAAACACAGGGCAUGACUACAUUUUGAAAAGCUAGUCUGCCGUAGGUAACAAACUUAAUGAUGGAUGAGAUCAUACUUCAUAAUAUGUAAAAGGAAAGAUUUUUGUUGGUAGGAUGAGUGGAUCUUAUAUCUAAAAGAAAAUGCAGUGUGUGUUUCACAUUCCCCCCCCCCCCACUUUUUUAUUCUCUGUGCUUGGUAAUGUCUUCCCUAGCAACCAUUUCACAUUUUGGAAAACUGCCUCCCACUUUGAAAACCAUGGCUUUAUUGGCAUUCUCUGCAGUUUGUUGUACAGCAGCAUUAAUACAUUUUGGACUAAAAACUGUUUAUAGACAGACUUCCAAGGAGGCGAACAAUUUCUAAUAUUUUCCCCUUAGAUAUACUUAUUUCAGACUUACAUGAAUAAAAAGAUUCCAUUAGCACUUGCUCUGGUUUCAGUUUUGCUGCUCCUGCAGAUUUUUUUAUCCCAGCUAGGACACUGAAUGGCAAAGAAAUGAAAUGGGCCCACUGUGGGGCAGGGUAGCUAAGGAAAAACACAUUUGACAGUGUUCUCUCCACCCUCUGUGUUGUUUAGUAAUAAGGACAUCAGCAGUUAGAGAACAAGGUGGAAGCCAGUUUCUAAUUUACAUAAGAUGAUGUGCUGAAGCAUGACUAGGAGUUAAAUAUGACAGAGUGACCUCCCCCUCCAAUUCUAAGCAGUUUUCUGCAAAGUCUCUCUUCUCAGUAGUGAAAUCUUCUGCUUUAGGAUACUGUGUGUUCUAGUACUGUAUACUCAGGGCCAGCUUACCUGAAAGAGCACUCUCCCCUUCUGUCCCGUGUUUCUGCAUUGCCUCAUCAUUUAAUCUCAUGUUUCUACUUCCUGCAGUUUUAUUAGGUCUUUUUGUUUUGAGCCACUGGCUACCUAGUUCAAAUUUCUUCUAGCCACCUGCUACUUUUAUGCUUUGUGAAGCUUUUUCAGAGCUCCCGUUUUUGCCUCCCUUCUGAUUCUCUCACCCAGUGGUGGGUAGCCUGUGGCCUUGCAUCAUAUGUCAUGUGCUCACUGGGAUGCUGUGUACCUAUUGUUGCUCAAUGAACCACCUCUCUGAGAACCACUUCCUCUUCCGCAUAAAGUGUAUGCUUGGGAAAGGUGUCUACAGAUGGGGGGGGCGGGAUUUGAAUCAGCUUAUAUUUGAAGAUGAAUCUAUCUAAUUUGCGCUUUCUGAAAUAAUAAGCAAACAAAAACACAGCCAUUGUUUUAAAUGUGCACUUCUCUGAAUUUGGCAGUGCAGUUCGCCAGCCAAGCAAUAUGUACCAAAAUUCAUAUAUUAGGGCAGUAAAGUGUUCAUAUAAAUGCCUAUAUUAGUUAAAAUAACAUGAUGCAUUAAAUUAGGGGAAAUGCUUCAAGAAUUUGUACAUUAGGCAAAAUUGCAUACAAAAUAUGUAUAUGUUUAGUGGUAUCUCCGUUUAAGAACGAUUCGGUUUACAGACUCCUCAAAACCGGAAAUAGUGAGAACGGAAUCUGAACGGUGGAAGGGCACCAAUGGUGGGAGGCCUCAUUAGGGAAAGUGCGCCUUGGUAUAAGAAUAGAUUAAGUUCGUAAACCAAGGUACCAUUGUAUUAGGAAAAACACACAUUAAAAUGCUCUUAAAUUUUCAUGAGGCUCUUUCUCCAGAAAAAUCUGGAUCUGAUCUGGAGAGCUGAGUUUAAGAUGGUAAAAAUGAGAAACCGAUUGAAAUUGACAUAUUUGCCUAUCCAUAGUAGUGUUUCAGAACAGGAACAAUGCAGUUCUGCAGCGCUAUAAACUGCUCACUUUUGGAUCUGGCCCCACAUGACACCUGUACACCCAACGGAUUACCCUUGAGGGAAUGCAGCCACUUUCCUUCAUGAUUCUCUUUUUUUUCUGAAACCUAUGCUUGCUCCUGUAUUCAGUUUAAAUUACAGACUGACUCAAUACUGCUUCUUCAUAGAAGCUGGAAUGUGAAUUACAGUACUUUAUUUACUGAGUAAGCAUUCUGAAUCCUCACAUUUAAUUCAAAUAAUGAUCAUCAGAUGAUUUACCUGCAUAAGUGCAAUGCAAUACAAUACAAUACAGAGUACAUUUAGUUCUCAGCAGUAAUUGAGGAACAUGAUGCUAAUUCAUAUUCUAAAACAGUGGCAUUUUCUCUCUCUGCAUUACUAAGGUGGUAUGCAUGCUAAGGUGGUGUACAUUCAGUUAUUAUAUAGAACAGUGAGAGCUUCCUCUUCAUUACUAUUACCAUGGCAGUAGUCCUGAACCAGCAGUUGUCGUUUUGAUAUAUGUAUGUGGAUUGAAGAGUCUCAGUUGAGUGGUGAAAGUGAAUAGCUCAGAUGGAAACCAGUUACUAUUCUAAUAAUGUUCCCUCCUAAGGAUAAAAUAAAGUACUGAAGAAGGGGACUGAUUAUUAAAACUAAGAAAAGGUUAUUGAAACAAUGUGAUUUGACACUGUGGAAGGAGGUAUCCUUUUGUUAUUAUUUUUCUCUUGAAAUGGAAUCAUAAGUGGAUAUGUAUAUGUAUUUUGCUUACUAAACAUUUCUUUUAACUAUUAAGCAACAGCUGUGUGUGCAUCUGUUGCAGUAGUUGUUGGGAGCCAGUUUUUUUCCUUUCAGAUACUGUUUAAAGUGCUACAGAAACCUGAAAUCUGGUUGAUCAGAGACCACAACAGGAUAGAAAAAUGAUUAUGUAUAUUAUGGGUAAUAAUAGCUAUGCAAGAGUGCUUCAGAAUCUUGUAAAAUUAUCAUAUGUAUGCAGCCUAAUUUGCCAUAGUUACAGUGAGCAACUUUAUUAAGCUAAAAGUACAAAUUGUACAAAAUACUCGGAGACUCUUUGAUUCGUAUGAGUCCCCAGGAAAAAGACAUGUUUGAGGAAAUGUUGGGUUUUGCUGUUGUAUAGAUUUUUAAGAAUACUUCAUGAAUGAAUCUAAUUGGGCGUGAGAAUGAAUUUUAUCUGUAGUGAGUCAUAUGAAUUUAAUUUCAAAAUCUGAAAUAGCACUGUAAUGUACUUGAAACACUGCUUUUUUGGUAAAUUGCAAGAAUUAUAAGAUAUAUUAAUUAACCCUGAUAUUGUAAAAGACAGCGGCAUUGCAGAUAGAAAUAUGUAGAGUGGAUAUUCUUUUGGAAGGUUUUCUGGAUGCCGCAUAUAGUCCCAACUAGUGUGGAGUGCCCAGUGCUGCCCAUAAAUUUUUAGAAACCAAAAAUAUAUUGUGAUUUUUAAAUGAAUAGUGGUGCCCGACAGAGACUUCUAUCCCCAUCUCGAGAAUCUUCAUGUUGAAUUUGGUGAGAAUAUUUUGAGAGGCAAUCAAACCUAUGCUCACAAACAGACAAAGUCACACCAAAGUGAUGUUUUGGUCAACCAUUUUGAUUCAAAAUGGUGGCCAGCAUCCAAAUGGGGAUAAAGGCCGCCUUAUCCUGAGUUCAGCCUUAUACUGAGUUUGGCAACAGUAUCUCAAGAGGCAUCUGAACACAUAGAAAACAAGCAGACAAACCAUUUAGCAAAAUACAUACAAUGGUACCUUGGGGUUACAAACACUUCAGGUUACAGACUCCGCUAACCCGGAAGUAGUACCUUGGGUUAAGAACUUUACCUCAGCAUGAGAACAGAAAUCUCACGGUGGUGGCGCGGCGGCAGCGGGAGGCCCCAUUAGCUAAAGUGGUACCUCAGGUUCAGAACGGUUUCAGGUUAAGAACAGAUUUCUGGAACAAAUUAAGUUCAUAACCAGAGGUACCACUGUAGUAGAGAUAGAGAGCAUUGUUGCUGACACUGAAAUGGAAGAAUCCCAGUACCUUUUGGAACCUCCAUUGUUUAGCAGUGUAGUCUUGGCAGUUGUACCACCCCAGUUUUUAAGAAAAAAAUGAUAUCCCCUCCACAGAAAAGUCCGUAAAUACCACAUUAGAGUUUUCAAGCAUUCUGUGCAGUGCUGUGAGUUCUGUGAUUAUCAUUUGGAAGCAGAUGUGGAUCAGCCUUGUAGACCCAUUAAGUUCUAGCAGUUAUUUUGUCAUUAAAUCUGCUACAAUAAAACGUUCCACUGUUCACCAAAAUAAACCUUAAGGUUUUUAUUGAAAUAAUACUGUUAAACAUAACUUGCUUUUAAAAAAUCCUCUCAUGACAGUAACGGAAUUCAGAAUGUAACUAAACAUUAUUUCUAUCAUCAACAUUAUGUUCCCGACUUUGGUUUACAUCAAGAAUGAAGGACCUCAGGCCCUGGGGUGACAUCGGACCCUCCAAGCUUCUCUAUUUAGCCCUCAAGACUUUCCCAGGUUUUGCACCUCCCUAGCCCUGUUCUGCAACCUCCUUAAGUGGUUGUUUCAAAUGUUCCAAGGCUGAUAAAUAGAAGAGUAAAAUAGUGUUUAAAGUAUUGUCUUGUGAUCUGUCAGCUAAAUAGUGGAAUUGUUAGCUGUAAUUUUUCUUUUCUUAGUAUGUGUUGCUUGGAACGUGAACUGAUUUUAACUUAUUUUUGUUUCAGCUUUGGAUACAUCACAGUCCAAGCGAGAUGGAGGUUUCAAAAAUACCUGGGGCUUUAAUUGUUCAGACGAAAGUGAAGGAGAUGCAGAAAAAGAGUAAGGAUACCUUAAUCUAGGCUACAGAAAGUAAAAUGUGGAACGUUACAGUAAUUAGAAAACUGAACACCCCUUCAUUUCUAAUUCUCUAAAGUGGAAGUGUUAUAGUGUCACUAAUUCAUACCCACAAGAGGGUCACAUUCAUGUAAGGUUUUUCUCAGGCUAGUUAUUGCCUAACGAUGUUACGGAUUAUUCCAGAAGCAAGUAGUAGGUGUCUUAUUUUUUAAUUUUUAAUAACUAGAAUUUCAGGGAAUUAGUGCAGUUAUGGAGCCUACCUAGCUCAGGUUAAAACAACCGAGUCAGGAACUUUUGAAAUGUUUUAAAUAGCAAAAGAAUUCAGUAUUUUUUUGGCACUUAUUUUAGAAUAAAAACACUUGAAGGUCAUAUAGAAACUUCAUUACAUGCAUGCUGUUAUGUGUCUCUUGAGAUGGCUUUCCACCCUACCCUGUCCUAUUUACCUAAACUGAAGACUACUGUCUUGCAAAUUUCUUAGUUUUGAGUCUUACAAAAAUCCUGACUUGGACAGUUUAUAGACAACAAAUUCUUCCAUUCACGUAUCUCCUACAACACUAUAUAUUUAUGGGAGUAUAUCAUUUUUUAAAUUUUACUGAUUGGGGAUGAGUGGUAGACUGACAUUCAGCCUCCUUGCUUAAUAGACUGGUGGAGAAGAGUUAUGGAACAACUACUGGUAAGCAAGCUAAUUAUUUAUGUUAACAAUAUAAUUCGAUUUGGUCUCAUGAACGUUUAAAAAUACUAAUACAAUACCAGGGUGAAAAAGUGACAAGUGAAACAUAACAACAGAUAGCUGGAUCCCUCGCAGAGGAUAGGCGAUUCUUUUUCUCUCACAAAUCUCAAAGUCAGGUGUGUUCUAUACCAUAUGACACUUUCCUCAGAGAGAUAAUCCUGUAAAUAGGAAGACAUUUAUACUUAUGAAGUUUGGCAUUUGUGUGUAUAGGCCAAUGUACACAAUGACUUCCUGAUGUGUGCAUAUGGUAACAGAUGCUGUACAUCUCAAGUGAUUGCGUACACAUUUUUCUUAUAUUAGGAUUAUUCCUUAAAAAAAAAAAGGUCAUGUUUGAAGCAGUCGUGACAUCCCCUUCUAAUAUACCACAGUUGGUACUCAUUUUGGGUGCUUCAGUUCCAGAAUAAUAGUACUUAUUUGUGCACUGUGCUGCUAAUUAACAAAAAGAAUUUUGUGUUUUUAUUUUCAGUAACUUUCUUGCAGACUUCUUAUGUUUGUGUUUGCUCUUGCCCAGGUUCUAGUGCUUCAUUUCCACCAUCCUUUUAUUACUGCAAUUAUUUAGAAAAGAAAGGAACCUAAAUCAUAGCAUAGAUGCAGAGAAUUGUUUAGUAUCAAAGUUUAGGAACAGUGGAUGUUCUAGGCCCAAGUGGUUGUAUCAACUGGAUGUUGAAACCCAGUUUCUGUUGAGAUAACAAUGGAACCUUUUCCCAAGAAUGCAAGAACUGACUUAGUAGGAUGAGAUCAGCAUGUUUUUGCGCCCCCCCCCAAAGUCCACUAAAAACUGAGCAUGCUGUAGCCAUGGAAGGUUGAGUGUCAGAUAAAAUAAAAGGGGUAGGGAGUGGAAUGGCAGAAUCCUGGACAGGAGCACUCUUACUGGGAUACAAGGAUGCAUUUUUCUGCAGUUUCCACUUGUAUUAAUUAUAUUCUUCCCUUGUAAAUGCAAUGGAUGUACUAACUCUGGGAGGAAUACUAUUUUUUCUAGGUACCUAGUAUGGUGCCAAGAAGAUUUACUGUAUAUUCCAAAAACAGAAGCACAACCUUCAGUGUGAAAUACUUUGAUCUACACACAAAUGGUUAACAGCUACACAUUUAUUGAUGAGAAUCAUAUUUAGAUUUACUGCUAAAUUGUACUACCUCUUUACAAGCAAAUGUUCUGGUUACAAAAUUAGUUUCAGGUCUAGAUCUCAAAUUCUGUGUUUGCUUAGAACAAUGUCCAUAAAAUCCAUACAAAAGUGGUACUGUGAAGCCAUCUUCUAAAGUAAUUCUACAUAUUACCAGGUUUGUAAUACUAUUACUGACAUUGUAUUUCCCCCUGUCUUUUGUAUACACUUUAUUUUGAGGCAAACUAGCACCAAAAUAUUUUAGAGGAAAGUGUAAACCACGUGAUUGUUUAACAGAUUGAGAAAACAUUACUUAGACCUUUUUGGAGUAGUUGUUGAAACCCUGUUUGCUAUUAUUGAAUUACAAUAUACAUAUUUUGUUUCCUGUUCUUUGCCUGUUAAGUGAAGCCAGUCUGCUGACUGUGGAUGAGAGUGAUGGAAGCUGCAGUCCCACUGGUGGGAAAAAAGUGAGUAUUUAUCAAAUAUAACGUACAUGAAAAUGCAUAUUUUAUAUUUCACGUUGAGUGAAAGAUUUCAGUAUGUCACUUAAAAAAAAAGAAGUUCUAAUAUGAGGAGGUGACUGCUACAAACUCAUGCAGUGUGUAUGCCGCCAAAAAAAGAGCACACACAUGCUUUCUUAAACUUUUAUCAGCAACUUACUAUAUGGCCUUGAAGCUUUGGAGCUUUGGCAAAGUGAACUUUUUGCUUCUUGUGGUGUGUGUGUAAAAACAAUAAACAAUCAUGAUUGUUUUCCUGUAAAGCAACACAGUAAAUAGUAAAUCACUACAUUCUCUCAUAUUUAAAGUUUGCAACAUAAUUCAUCUGACAACCAGUUUCAUUUGUAUUAUUAUCACAGGUGACAAAUGUUUGUGUGGGAGUUCUGCUCCUGGCCCCCAAAUGUGUUGGCAGAGUGUGCAUGACCCCAUUCCCACCUCCUGUUCUUUCUUCUUCCAGGUCCAAAAAGACUCUUGUGUUGGCUGUAGGUGUUUGGAGGAUUGAGAAUAUCUUAGUAUUUGAAAGCUUAAUAAAAAUGUAAAAUGUCUCCAUCUGAGAGCUGCUGCUUUGUAGAUUCAGCUUUUGCUAAUUGUUUCAGGUGCUGCGAUUUCACUCAGGAACUAUUGGUGCCAGAGGUGAUUCUAUGAGAACAUAUGCUCGACGAAGCAAAAUUGAACCUGGUGCUUUAAGAGUAACCCCAAUUGGACUCAACAUGUUGGGAAGCAGCAAGAAAUUGAGGUAUAGUGAUUCCUAAUAUACUAAAAAUUAUUUAGUAAAUGGCUUGUUUCUGGGGGAAAUAGUGAUUGUGAGAAUUCUGCUUGUGAAAGGACCUUAAGUUUGUUACAUUUGCACCUUUGGAAAAUAGAUUUAUAUGCUCUAUUUGUAAUAUCCAAGUGUUGUUAUGGACUAAGACCUGGGAUCUUGACUAUGAUGGACUAUGAUGCUCUAUGGAGAAGAAGGAUUGCACCCACUAGUUGCAAAUAACUCAUCAUUUCUUGCUGCAGCUGGCUAAUCAAAAGUGUCAGUGUAACUAUGAUUAGGUAGCAUAGUGCAAGUGCUGAUUCAGGUAUCACUUAGAAAGUGAAGUAAUGGAGGAAUUUCUCUACGCAGACUUAUAAUUCUUUCCAUGCUGUGAAAUUUAACAUUUUUUUCUUACCUGUUUUUUCUGUUUGCAGUGAAAAUGUUCAAAAUAUUCCUUGUUCCGCAACAGUAGUACAAGCUAGACGCUGUCACCAUGCUCAUGCACAAACAUCUUUAGUAAAAACAGCAGCACAAAGGUAAGACUUAAAGGACAUACUUAAUUUCUCUCAUAAAAAAACAGCUUUGUACGCUGUGGGUCUUUCUUUAAAUAUCUGCUUAGAACUGAGUAGUGUUGGGGGGGACGGACCAUGCACACCUCUGUGGGGAAAGAGUUCCACAACUUGGAACCACCAUAGAAAAGGCCUUGUCUAUAGCGCCAAUGAACCAAAUUGUCCUAACAGGUGGGCACAUGAGUAGUGCCUCUGAGGCAGGUCUCAGUGCCCAGGCAAGUUCAUAUAGGUAAAGGUGGUCCUUCAAAUAAUUAUCCCAAAUAAUUUAGGGCUUUUAAACCUAAACCAGCGUUUUGAUAUGGGCUCAGAAACUGGUAACCAGUGCAGCUGGUACAGAAUCAGUUCCAUACUCUGUUAAUCUUGCUCCCACUUACAGGGCAGCAGUAUUCUUCACCAGUUGAAGCUUCCAAACAGUCUUCAAAGGUGCCCUUGUUGAUUGCAUUACAGUAGUCUCACCUAAGGUAUGGCUUUGAGGCAGGGCCUGAUAUCUCUAACUAAGAUUAUAGCUGGCAUAUCAACUGAAGUUGAGGAAAGGCACUCCUAGUCAAAAUAUCCCACCUGUGGUUCCACAGUGAGUGUUGAGGACAGGAGAAGCCCCAUUGGUAGUAUAAUUGUGCUGAUUCCUCCUUCCAGAUUGGCUGGUUUUCUAACCCGGAGCUUCAUCUUGUUUUUCCCUUAUGCAAAUCCAAGAGUAUACGAACAGCUAAAGGCUCGCAUUAAAUGCGCACAACAAAAACAGGUUGGGUGUAGACUUGUGAAACACUACUUGAUGGGAAAAAGGAUCUAUCAGAAAAUAUUACAGACCUUACAAAAAUGUAGAAACUUUGAAAAAGGGUAGUGCUGCCAUAGUGGGUUCAUCAUGUGCUGAAACAGCACAAAAGUCACUUUGAUUAUCUGAGAUUUUAAAUUGUAUGUAUUGCAACCAGUCUAAGAGGUUCUAGAAUAUUUUGUUCCUUAUCUGGCUAGGGGCUAAGAUAGAGUAAGUGAAUUAGGGUCUUUUCUAGACCAAGUAAGUGGUAUGUAGUAUAACUGCAUGGCGCCCAAUGAGUUGUACUUCUAAGGCAGCCACAAUGAAGCUUUACUGGGGAAUAAAGACACAUGUCUGUCAUCUUUUACUUACUUCUGUCCUACUUGUAUUAUUUAUGGGUCAACUCAUACAUGGAACUCUCUGUUGGUGAAGCUUUGAGUGUUCACCAGCUUACAGUAUUUAGACUCAUUCAACAACCCAGAAGAAGAGAUAUUUUGAGCACUGUAGGUCCACCGAGCACAGUCUGCCUACUAUGUCUGUGGUGUAGGCUUUUCAUCUAUACCUUUCCUUACCCUGAUUGAAUCACAAAUUUGGACAUUGUUAUAUAAUAUGUCAGGUCCUGAACUUGUUAACCACACUUGAGCCUUAAUCUAAAGUCUGAUCUGUAUACCACCCUGUGAACCUCAGAUCUGGGGCGGCGGGGGGCGGGGCAGGCAUCAGUGGCAUGGAAAUUUGAUAAAUAAAAUAAAAAUGUUUCUUAGUUAUAGUAUGGUUGAUUGUGCAAUCUUCCUACUUCACCAUGGGUUUUAGUAGUGCAUUUCUUAAGGAAUCAAGAUUUGGACUUUGAGGGAAAUAGUUUUGAUUUUUGCUUCCCUAGAUGAGGUUUUUUGGUGAGACAGAAGCUCCCAAACUUUAUGUGAAGGAUGGAGAUGAAGUAAUAGAAUAUUCCCUCCUCUUAUAUAUAUUUUUAGAAACUAAAAUAAAGUUAACAGCCCUCAUGUACCCCCACCCCUGCCACAAUUCCAUGCUUAUGCCAUGUAAAUAAUGCAGUCAGACAUUAAGUUUGUAAAUAUUUAAAAUUUAAGUAACUACUCUCUAUCUUAACAGAUUUUCCCAAAGUGAGCCAUGGGUAGCAGGUGGUGAGGGGACAACACUGUCAUUUGCACCACAGUAUUCUGUUCGUAUACUGAGGGGAAAUUGUUACUGUAUCCUACCAAAAUACAGUUGAAUGGUGUAAGAUCCCCAAACUUCUUAGGCAACGAUAGUCCACCAGUUACUUAGUUUCACCUGUGUACUAUAACAAGUUCUCCCAGGCAACUUGGGAUAUGUCCACGACUUAUUUGCCAUAUGCAUAGUGCUUACCAUCAAAGCAUUCAAUAUAUGUUUUCCCAUGGCUUGUUCUUUACUUAGGAUUGGAGUCUAACUUGGUCAUGCUUAGAAUAGACUCGCUGAAAUCUAUGACUUGUUAGUUAUGACUAACUUAAAUUACAUUGGUUUAAAUAGAUCUAUUCUAGGCAUGACCAAGCCUGGAUUCAACCCACAGAAAAGCAGAGUGAAACAUUCAGAGUGAAACUUUUCUUUUCCAAAUGAUAUAUUCCUGAUAAGAAUUUCAGUAAGAUUAACAAAACUUAUCUUCUCUUGAAAUUAAGACGGAAUCCCCAAAUUUGCAUCAUAUAUUGCUUUUGUGACUUGAGGUUUGGUUACAUAUGCAGCUCGAAUGCCAUAUUUAGAAAGGUUUUUAAAAGUUUUUUAUGAAGAGGCAAAGGGAUAAAAAAAUUUUAAACAGCAACUUUGUCAAAUGUAAAUACAUCUGUGCCAGACAUUUUGGAAUAGAAGUGUUACUUUGUUCAGAUUUUUAAAAUGCUAAAUACCUGGUUUAGAAACAAGGUAUGUAGAGGUUAAGGGAAAGGAAACUGACAGAGUAUGGUGCAAGUCUUUGAAAAAGGAUGUAGGUGUAGAAAGCAGGGGCUGAAAAGAUGAGACAAGAUGGGAACUAAACAAAAUAAAGAUGGUAAAGCCCGGUAAUAAGAUGGGGAUGUUGAGGCUCAAAUGGGCCUACUCCAUUGUGCCUAAUUAUUUAAACCUUAAUUAUUUAAACCUAUUUUUACCAAACUUUUUUACAAACCCAACCAUGUGAACAUGUGGGCCUUGCUGCCCUCCAUGGACAUUCAUUUACAUGCUUUCUUCAUAUUAUAUAAACACAAUAGAUUGGUUGUCCCCCUUUCUCUUUCUUUUCCCCACUUUUUAAAAACACUAAGGAAUUAUUUAGACCCAGAAGAAAGCAGAUUCAUGUGAGACCUGAAUAGGAAGUUUAGAGACAUUUGCUUGAAUGUGAGCUGGUGCAUGACGCCAUAUGGCCUAGAUGCUGCUGCAUCAUAAAAUCUCCUUUGUAUGUGUUCCCACUAUUUAGUGGACAUCUCGCUAGGAUCAUCUUAAUAGUUUGGCCUUUAAAUUCUUAGCAAAAGGGACUCAAUGGUUAUACAAUAGUGUUAAUGAAUGUUUGUUAUACGGUUAUUUAAAUAACCUUACAGAACUAUAAUAUGCUGACACAAUACAUUCAGUUAUAUUCUGACAUAUAUUCUAUAGAGCAUUAUGCCAGUAACUGUUGACAGACCUGGAAUUAUACGGUAUUAAGCAGCUAAAAAGUGUGAUCUUUUUUGGCAAAUUUAGAUGCUAAGUGCUACUUACAACAAAGAGUUCAAAUUUAAAUUGAAUAUUGGAUAUCCAGAUACAGAUUUCUUUUUUCAAAUCUACUGAUGUUCUACAAAUUAAGGGCUUUGUAUCUUAUUAUAUUUUUCUCUUUCAUAUUUUAAGCAAUCUGGAUCGAAAGGAAAGGUAAGCUCAAUGGUGACAUGAGCAUGGUAAUAAAAAUGUGGUGGAAAUAAUGAAGUUGUGUCUCAUAGCUAAAUCCACACUAGCAAGCUUAAUGGUCAACAUUGAUGGAAAAACUAUUUUGCUAGAAUAACAAUUGGUGUGUUACCACUCAUUUAGCUGUAAUGAUUUUUUGUUUUGUUUAAAUUGGUGUGUUUUCUUGACUAAAUACCUGUGAUACAUGUAUGCGUACAUCUUUGUGUACUACAUAUGUCCAUCUAUGUAGCACAGGCAUUAAGGCAGCAACCUAAGCUCCACUUAACUGGAAGUAAGCACCAUUGAAUUAAAUAGGACUUUGUGAAGACUUUGUUAGGAUUGCACUGUUAGUCAAGAAAACACGUGUUCUGUGAUAUGCUAAUUUAAACAGAAAUACCAGAUCUUGCUUGCUGGUUGUGGUGGGUGGAGAAGGAGAAAUGUGUCUCUAUUGAGAUUGGACAGAGGAGGACAUUGGCCAGGGCAAACAUGCAGGAGAUUUGGAGCAAGAGAAGGUAUGGCUUCAGAAGGAAGGUAAGGGAACUUGGGACAUCUUACAUCCUUGUGAUCUAGCUCCAAGCCCGCACCCAUACUUUAGAUUAUUAUUACUGGGGCCACCAGAAUGGCAUUAUUGCUGGUAAAUGCAAAACUGACUGCCAGUAAAAAAAUUUGCCUUCCAUACGUUAUAGAAGUGGCAGCUAACCAGAGCUGUAUUAGACUUGGCUGACUGAUUCAGAGUGCUCUGUUUUGUCCUAUAUCAUCCUGGACUGCUACUCUAUCCAGCACUUGACUUGUGCAGAUCAUCAGGGUGGGUAUAGAAAGGUUGCAGUCACUUUUUAGGUAUAUAUUUUUGUCUUUUACAAUCAUUCGGUGUUAAUUUUUAAAGCCAGAAACUGCAUGGGUCCCACUACAUAAGGGACAGUGUCUUGCCAUGCCACUCUUCAUGUCAGUUAAUAUCAACAAGGGGAGUCCUUGCUCUAGAUCUCCUGAUGGGAGAUAGGCCAUUCUGUGAGACCAUGAGCUGGGCCUAUUUUGUAGUUAUUGAGGCAGUUCUCUUUCUACUAUGGGAAUUUCACAUUCACAGAUGUUUCAACCUUGAUUGGAUUUAGAAAGAAGAAGCAUUUUAGUAUGUGAGCAGAAGUGCCUUGGUUGGUGUGGUGGAGCCUUUACACUAGCAUCCUAGAGGUGGGGGUGAGAUAGUGUGUUGGUGCAAGAAACCAUUGGAGCCAUUCUGCAAGUUGUUUCUUUACAUAAUUUGUGUGUGUGUGUGUGUGUGUGUGUGUGUGUGUGUGUAUAGUUGGAUUAUAAGCAGAACUGAUUUGCAACAUUGUGUUUUCUGCUUUAGAUUUAUUUAAAGCAGUAUAUGAAACAAAUACACAAUAUUACUCUGUUACACAAAAGUACAUGUUUGAUUUGCUUUUUCACUUAUGUAGGAAAGGAGUAUAGUGGAUAAAAAUAGCAUUUUUUCUUUAUAAAUUUUCAAUGGAGAUAUUUCUGUCAGGAAAAGUGCAGUUUUGAUUUUUAUUCUGAGGAUAUUUAUCUUAUACAUUUUAUAAUAAUGACAGAACAUUACUGCAACUUCCUUAUACAUGGGAACUUCUUUCUUUUAUACAUGUGGAUAUGUGUUAAAAAUGAGAGGGCAGUUUAAAAAAAAAAGAUAAAAGGGAGAAUGAAAAGAAAAGUGAAUAAAAAAUGAGAUGAAAAUGAGUAAUAAUGUAGUGGUAUUGUUGAAAUGGAGGCUUGUAUAUGUAGUUAAAAAGGGUAUUGGUGAGGGUCCCUGCGUCAAGGCUAAGGCAGCAGUCCCUGGAAGUGGCCUCUGAUGGUUCAGGCCUCCUUUGUGGGUGCCGCCCUUACAAUUCUUAAUAAAAAUUUUCAAAAAAUUUUUUAUUUAAUAAAAAGGGGAUAACAAAUAAAAAUAAAAUAAAAAUCCUAGUCUUAGGAUUCUUGUUGUGCCCGUCUCUGGCAGCCAGCAGCACCCACAUGCCAGCAAGUGAAGGUCUGCGCCAUGCCUUGGCUUUCCUGGGUGAACCCCGGCACCGGCCUGCUCUUUUUGCACCAACUCUCUCCCGGUCUCCUCCUACCUUUCUCCCUUGGUGGUUGCUAUGGCAGCGAUGGUAAUCGGUGGGUGCUUGGCUAGGGGUUGGGGUGGGCCGCUCUGCUUUGUUUUUAGUUCAACUGGAGCCUCUGGGCCCUGGAGCUCCACUGAGUUGUUGCUGGAGCAAUCUUGGUCCCAAUGGGGUUGAGAUUGUCAGGGAAGUCCCGGGGGCUCCAUGUGGCCUCUUUGGUUUCUGUGGUGAGCACUCCGACUCUCCUUGGAUCAUGGUGGUGGCAGUGGCUGUUUUGGUGGUGCGGGGACCAGUCAGGCAGUUCAGCUGGUGCUGCUUAGGAGCUCUGCGGGGCUGUGGCGCUUGCCAUCUUGCUUCGCCAGAAGUUCUUACAUGUGAAUAUGUUUUGAUGUGGUUUGUCUGACACACUAAGCUACACCUUGACUUAGAAAGCACAAAUGUGCUUAGCUAAGCCAAUGUAUGGCGUAGCACGUGGGCCAAACCAGGACUAAUGGUCAAGCUUUAUCCUUGUUAACCACAAGCUGAGAUUUGUUCUCAGCUAAACCACACUAAGCUGCUGUCCAUUUUAUUAGAACUAAAACUGUUCUAUGUACCUCCCUGAGUUUUGUUCAGGUAGAGAGAAUCUUCAAGUCAUUGUUUUUUCCUAGUACUUGGGUUUGUUUAGGCAGGGGUUUCAUUGUGAUUGCUCAUGAAAGGUUACUAAUACUAAAGUGGUAAUUUAUGUGACUUGUUAAUGGAAUUAAAACAACUUUAUUUGAGAAUUUAUUCUAACCACCCCUUCUGGUAUUAAGCUGAAUGAAUUUAUCCUGUGGCCAGAAAUAGCAACAUGUGCACUAUGGACAUGAUGUCAUAUGUCUUGUACAUUACUUCUUUAGAUGUUGGACAGUUAUUAAAUAUCAGGAAAUUUCAAGCAGGAAUUCUGUUAAAUCACUUAAGUGGCUUGAGGUAGAAACUGCAAUAGAGCCAGCUAUAUAAACAUGUCUAUCUUUCAAAUAAAAAGAUAUGAAGUAUUAAAGGCUGUGUCAGACACACAGUCGCAAGAGAAAACAGCCACAUUUUAUGCAGUGAAUUGAAUGAAAACAUCCAGAAGCUUGAUGAAACGACAUAUAACUUUCUGCAUCCAUAAUGGAUCAGUUGCAUACUGGCCACUUCCCACAGUGGGCCUGCAACCUGUGCUCACUUUACAUACACUAUUGCAACAUACCACGUGUAGAGAGAGAAUAAAUAAAUAAAACACACACACCUGUGCACCAAGUGGGUUUUCCUUACUUCCUGGGCUCUGGGAAGGUUGCGGGAGACCCUUACCAGGCUCUGGUAAGUAAGCAUUUGGAAAAUUAACAAGUAUUUGGAAAAUUAAAAAUAUACUGCACAUAAUCGAAUUUUAGCUGGGCUUAUAUCAAGACAGUAGUAGUUGUAACAAUAUAAAAAAGUUCCUUCCGGUAGCACCGUAGAGACCUCUAAGGUGCAACUGGAAGGAACUUUUUAAUUUUGUUUCAACUACGGCAGACCAACACAGCUACCUACUUGUAACUAGUAGUAGUUGUAGUCUUUCUGCUAAACUUUUAGUUUGCAGUGCUGUAUGAUGGAUACUUUUGCAAUCAGAAAAGUAGUGUGUAUAAUAAUAAUAAUAAUAAUAAUAAUAAUAAUAAUUAAUAAUAAUUUAUUAUUUAUACCCCGCCCAUCUGGCUGGGCCUCCCCAGCCACUCUGGGCGGCUUCCAUAGAAACCAAAAAUACAGUAAAAUAUCACACGUUAAAAACUUCCCUGAACAGGGCUGCCUUAAGAUGUCUUCUGAAUGUCAGGUAGUUGUUUAUCGCUUUGACAUCUGCUGGAAGGGCGUUCCACAGGGCGGACGCCACUACCGAGAAGGCCCUCUGCCUGGUUCCCUGUAGCUUUGCUUCUCGCAAUGAGGGAACCGCCAGAAGGCCCUCGGUGCUGGACCUCAGCGUCCGGGCAGAACGAUGGGGGUGGAGACGCUCCUUCAGGUAUACUGGACCGAGGCCGUUUAGGGCUUUAAAGGUCAGCACCAACACUUUGAAUUGUGCUCGGAAACGUACUGGGCGCCAAUGUAGGUCUUUCAAUGCAGUAUAUGGUUACUGCAUAUUUUUUUAAAAUAUAUUUUGUUAAAAAUGCUGCAAAACUUAUCUUUUCUCAUUUAUCCUGACUAUUCAUUUGUUUGCAUUGGAAUUGUGUUUGAAUAUGUACAUUUAUUGCUUUAGAACAUGGCAAGCUUCAAUAUUCUAAAUUAAGAUUUCUGCAGUGUUAAAUCUUUUGUUUUUGUUCCAUUUAAAUAAGCCAUAUAUUUUCUGAAUACAGCUUCUAAUUAUUUUCCCCCAGAAAAGAAUAUCCUCCUAACAUCCAGAAGAUAGAAAAUGACUAUGAUAGUUUGUCUCGGCUUCAGGGGAUGCGUAAGUUUUUUACUUUGUUUUUACUUCCAUUAAAUGUCUGUCAAAUAGGUGUACAUUAUAUAUGGAUUAAGUGCAUUAACGAAUGUCUGAGUAGAAGCACUCUUGAUAAAAUGUGUUAGAAUGGCGCAUGUUGGCUGCUCUGUCAGUAGCUGAAAUGUGUUAGUUGAGCUAACUAACACAUGGAGUAUGUUUUGGUUUCAUCAGUAUUCAUUAAAUGUGCCUGUGAUCAGUGGUAGACGUCAUGGGAAUGAAUAAACUUAAGCUUCAUCCAGGUAACACACAGUUGAUCAAAGUGGGUAGAUUAAGUAGGCUAAAUCUGCCUGUUAUAGAUGAGAUCAAAUUAUCCUAUACUGUAUAGACCAGAGUUUGGACCUGGAUUUGUUACUGGAUUUCCAAGUGGCAGCUGUGGCCUGCAGUGCUUUUUCUUGGCUUUGUUUGGUAUGUUAGCAAUACAUGCUGCAAGAUUACACAUAGCUGGCCAUUGUCAUUUGUGCAUUGGUUAUCUACAGAUUAACCUACUGAAGGAGUUUCCAAGCUGAGUUUCAUUCCGGUGGUGUGCAGUAUAUCUGUAGAGAUGAAUUAAAAAUCAUACAGCAUCAAGCACAGUGCUUACAAUGGCUGCAACAGGCAGAAAAAACUUGUUGUUCUCUUUCACACACUUUGGGUGAGCAGUAGUUGCUUUCAAGAAGUACCACCUCAGACCUUCCAUUUAAACAUGGAGAUAGGCAGUUAGAAACUUUUUCUGCUGUUUUUGGAGUGAUAUAAAGGAGUAAAAUAGAGUUACAUUGUUCUUCAGCUGAGGACAUUGGGAAGUUGUUGUUAAUGAUUUCACUCUCCCCUUUCAGAAAGUGUGAUGGAGAACAGAGAAGAGUCUGACUCAGAGUCAGAUUCAGGAAUUACGAGGAAGGUACAACUGAAACGUCACUGCACUUUGUAUCAGUCCGGUUUGCUUCCAUCUCCUGCUACCAAAAAAUGUGCAACUCACUUAGAGGUGGGUUAUAUGGUGAAAUUUCCUUAAAUUCUGUUAAAUUCAUUCAGAUGUUGAUAUUGUUAGAAGGUUAAUUUGCAUUUUUAGGUCUUGGGCUACAGAAUAUCUUGUAGUUGUUGUACUUUGGCUUCAGGUGCCAUUGCUACCACAACAGCACUGGCACUGUGUUUUUAGCAGAAAACUGUUGUAUGUCAAAACUUAACUGGAAAGCAAAGAACUUGAUUUCCCAAUACUGUUCCCCAAAAGGUAAACUUGCUGAUUCCUGCUUUUUGGCUAGCACGCACAUACAUGUACUCUGCUGUAUGGAGAGGGGAUAGAAUAAUGGUAAACAUAAUGAAUAUUGAUUACAUUUUGAACAUCUGCCCCUCAACAAUUCUAACAUUUCUUCCAAAUUAUUGAAGAUGUUGGGUAGACAGUGAUGCUUAGAGGCCUGGUAGGUGAAUGGCAAGAAGCUCUGGGGCUGACGGGGGCAAAAGGAUAUGAGGACUUGGAAACUGUGUGAGUAAAGCGCAGAGGUAAAGUAGAAUGUGGGUUGAACAACACUGACUUGAGGGAAGACUAGAAGUGGAGGCACAGGCCCAAAUAAAAUGAUGUGACCUAAUAAUUUGAAUUAUGCAGCCAGGUUCUUGUGGCAGGUUCUCAACCUGAAAUUUCACAAAGAGAUUGCUUAGAUUUCCAUCUCAUCGCUUCAAAUCUGCCUAAGCCUUAUAGGAUGUCUAAUGUGUUUAUUUUGAAAAUGUGAUCAAAAUAAAUACAGCUACUUAUUCUCUCCCCCCACCUUCUUUUUAAUCUCUAGGGCUUGGAACAGAAUACUUACUCCACCGUUUGCCUAUGCGUAGGAAAACCAAAUGAAAGUCAGAUCAAAUGCCAAAUGUGUGGAAAUUUUUGUAAUGGGGGCUUGCAAAGGCAGACCAUGCAAAGUGUUCAAUUAAAUGAUUCUUUGGGACCUUUAGCACGAGAACCAAUACAUGAGAAUUCAACAGGGCAAAAAUCUUUAAACACAGGACUAAAUACAAAGAAGUUUUAUGGAUCUUCUCCUGGGGCAGUUUCAGCUGAUUUCACAGCGAGGCGUAACAUCGGCUCUACUAUGUUGCGGUUGAAUGGAAAAGUCAGUUCUAAAAUUACAGGAAACUUAAGGCAGAAGAAUACAACUGCAUCUGAUCUAAAUGAUCCAAGUAAGUUUUAAAUCAUAGAACAAAUAAUGCUGGUUAUAUGUGUGUGUUAUUAAGUUUUUGAAAAAAAAAGUAUACAUAAAAAACAGCGAUUUCAAACAUUAAAAUACAGAGUUCUUUUGAACCCUUAGACUUCCUAAUAAUGUUGGUUAUACAUUAAUUUGUAAAAAGUCCCUCUCUUGGUAGGGAGAUUUCUGAGGAGGAAACAAAAUGCAGAUGUUGCUUAUUGGUUUUGGUGCCAGCAAAGUAGUUCUGGACUUGCCACUGCUUUGAUGGAGAUAUGAGGAAUGCUGCGUUGUGUUCCAUGGAAGAAAAGUGGGGUAUAAAUGUAAUUAAUACUGAGUAGAGAAGGUAGGGAGGAUUUGUUGUUGUUGUUUAGUUGUGUCUGACUCUUUGUGACCCCAUGGACCAGAACACGGCAGGCACUCCUGUCUUCCACUGCCUCCCACAGUUUGGUCAAACUCAUGCUGGUAGCUUCGAGAACACUGUCCAACCAUCUCAUCCUCUGUCGUCCCCUUCUCCUUGUGCCCUCCAUCUUUCCCAACAUCAGGGUCUUUUCCAGUGAGUCUUCUCUUCUCAUGAGGUGGCCAAAGUAUUGGAGCCUCAGCUUCAGGAUCUGUCCUUCCAGUGAGCACUCAGGGCUGAUUUCCUUCAGAAUGGAGAGGUUUGAUCUUCUUGCAGUCCAUGGGACUCUCAAGAGUCUCCUCCAGCACCAUAAUUCAAAAGGGAGGAUUAUCACCCUGUAAAACUAGGUUUCUUUAGCUCUGUCUUAAACCGUUCGUUACCUGAAAGGGCUGUGGGGUAAAAUAAUGGUGUUAGUAGCCUAGAUCUUAAAAGGUCACCACCUCCAGUUACUAAUAUUUUGAACUUGAGACAAAUGCUUUUCCUUUCAGUUGUCCUAUCCAGUGAUGAUGAAGAGGAGGAGGAGAGUGGCAGCACUAACAGAAUUGAGAGCAUAUCGCCACGUCCAGCAGAUUCAGCCUGCUCUUCUCCUGCCCCUUCCACAGGAAAGGUGGAGGCAGCCUUGAAGGAAAACACUUGUGAACUAGAACAAAGGUUAACUAGUAUUACAGCAGACACAGAACCUGCAGUCAUAUUACCAAGAAAAUCAAGAAUGAAAGACCAGGUAGUCCAUCCAUAUGUAGUUUGAAAUGAUUGUGUAAGCGCAUAUACAAUAUUGAUAGAUAAAUGUGAACAUAUGAUAGUUAAUACAUGCAAAUAUUCUGCAGUAUUCUUAUGGGGAAAUAAUCUACUCUUGAGCGAAACAAAACAUGACGUUAUAGUUUUCAUCUCUCUUUCUCUCUCUAUUGGAUUGUGUUAACAUCUUCAAAUGCUAUUUAACAAAUCUGGACCACAAUCUGGAAAUGUGUGUGGCUAAUAGUAUAAAUCCAGCAAGGCAUUUGAAAACAUCGGAUCCCACAGACUGUGUGACAAGCUGCUUUUGAAACUUGGAAGGUUUAGAAGCAGGUUGAAUAGAGAAAGUUGCAUUCAAAAAGCAGGGGGGGUGGGGAAGCACACUGGGCACAAGCAGGUCCAUAUGCAUAAUUAAAAGUGUUCCCUGGAUUGGGACUUUAGUUUGCUUCAACUAUGUGAGAACCAGUUUCCUGUGACUGCUUUUCACGCUGUUCUGGUAGUUUACAUUGUCAGAGCCAUUUUAGAGGAGCAAGGUAACUUUAGUGUCGGAUCAGUAAGAUUGGGGGAAGAGGAUGAUUCUUUCAUGUGGUUCACUCGUCCUAUGUGUUAUUUUUAGUCCUGUAGUAUCAGUGGAGUAUGGAAAGUAGCAACAGGGAAGUGGCUUCAACAGUGCAGCUGGUAUGUGUGAACUAGCUGUCGGUAAGCAAAGUGACACCCAGCAAGGACGAUAAUUUCCUUAAAAUUAAAGUACUUUGAAAAUUGUCCCAAUUAAUAGCACUUUAAUAUAAGGAUUUCGUGGUGGGGAUUUUUGUUUUUUAGUUUGAGCAUCUCUGCAAGAAUUGGAUAAACAAAGACAAAAAUGCACCAUGAGCAGUGCUGUCAAGGGGGACAACUUUCACGGUAUGUUAAUUUAAGACUUAACAGUCGUGGCAGCAAUUCUUUAAAAAGGGCGUGUUCUAUGUAACAGUUUAUCUUCAAACCUCUGAAGUUGCUUAUAGCUCUUAAAUAUGUGGUUUCUUGAGAUUUGUGGAAAUAUUAUACAUGGAACAUGCAAAAGAUAUUCCAGAGAAGUCCGCUGAACAGAGGACCUGCAAACAAAAGCUGACAAAAAGGCAACAUUUAAACAACCCAUACAGACUGUUAGGCAAAUCUGGUAAAUUAAUAUUAGAAGUUAUGUAAUAGAAAUUAUAACAAAUCACUAAUAUACAUUAUUCUUGGCAAAAUUAGAGGGUCACAGAAACUUUACAGAAAUAAAUUUCACAUAGUGUGCUUGUCCAGGGCUUAUAAUAAUGUAAAAAGAAGAAACAGUCUGGUUUCAAUAUAUGAUAUCUCUUUUAGGGAACCUAAAUUACUGGAUUGUCUUUCUAUAAUUUUUUGUGAUCUUCCAAUUUUGUAUUUUAGUCACUUAGUUGGAUCGUACUCCACCCUCAUUCCCAGUUAACCAUUGAUUUCAGCGGGAGGACAUGAUUAAAUCUUGUGGUGAAAUCAGUGGGAUUUGUUUGGAUUGUGCCUAUGGUGUUGCUGUACAAUAAAAUAAUGCAGUCUGAUGUUACUUCAUUAUUUCGAUCUAACCUAUUUUCACGGUUGGUUUUGAAGUGUUUCCUUUUUGUUAUUUUGCACGUCCUCUGUUCUGCUACCCUACUAUUCAGUCUCCCCAACUUGAUUUGAGUAGGACUCUUAAGCUAUAACUGGUGUGAGGUGAUAGGCAGUUCAGUUUAUGCGGGUAAAUAUAGUAAGCCAAUAAACAGAAACAGUUAGACCAGAUCAAAAAAUGUGUAUAUUCUUUUGUAGUCUCUGUGUAGUCCUACAUAUGGCGUUGGUGCCUGUGCCAAGCUCAUUCAGGAAAUUCUUAAUACUAGAUGAUGGGCUUGGUAGGCUCCUUGUCUCUAACUUCCAUACACAUGUAUCAAGAGAUUGUGGCUCCAGCCUUCCAGCCAAUUCUCUUUUGACCAUCACAGCAGUAGCUUGCGUAAAAACUGCUUUUGGCUAGGAUGCCUCUUUCUCUUCUCUUUUCUUUCUUUUUCUUUCUCUGAACAAACAAACUUAAUGCCUUUUUCUUUUGUCAUUACAAUUAUUUUGCUGUCCUUGUUCAGAAUUUUAUUUUUCCAUCUGUUACUCUUCUGGUGUGUCUCCUCCGUCCCUGGAGUGUUUUUAUCUCUUGCAUACUUCCAGUAUUUAUGUUUUUAAUGUUUACAGAAGUUUGGAUUUUUUUUUUCUAAAGAAAGAAAAGCUUCAUUUGCACAUUUCCCCCCAUCAGUGCCUUUAAUGCCUGAUCAUCUUUAAAGGCACAUUUUAAAGGCAACUUUUGAAGUAAAAAUGUUUUGAUGAAUUCUGAUAAUUAUUUUUCAGUUUGGCAAUGUUGUAGCCAAUGCUCCAGUAAAACGGCGCAAAGUCCUCUCGCAAGAACAUGCUACUGACGUCGUCGUAUCUUUAAAAUAUCAGAAUAAUUAUGAAAGCGUCAUCCUAAAUUGUCGAAGCAUAAGAAUAGGAACCCUGCGAAGAAUGGUGGUGGAGCCUGUAAUUGUAAGUAAAAGAAUUAAUAUUGUGCUUGGUUAGUUCCUGCUUUAUAAUAACAAAUAGCUUAAUGGGGCAUCGAGAUUGAGAGUAGAAGGUAGGAAGCAGCUGAAAAUGGAAACUUUGAAGAGUUUAAGGAAUCAGCAGAUAAAAUGGAGUGAUGAAAAAUGAUUGAGCUACAGUAUCAAUAGCAGGUCAUGGAAGGAGCCAAAGUGUGAGAAACACAGGAAGUGUUUUUCUUCUGUCACCUUGUCUUUUAAAGGAAAUUCCGUAGUAAAGGCUGCAAAGAGCAGUUCUUGAAGGUAAGAACAAGGGAAUGACAAUAGCAGUAUUUGGGAAGUCUUUCAAAAUAUGGAGGUCAAAGGAUAUGGAGAUUUGGAUGGGAGGCAGAAGAUAGCUGGGCCAACAAGAUGAAUUUUGAAAUCCUUAAGGAACAGGUUGGAAAUGCAGUUAGUGGGCUGGGUGGCAGGAAGAUGAUGAACUAAAUGCAAUUGGAUAUAUGAAGAUGAUUAUGACAAUGGCAAGUUUUAAUUGUUAAGACAAUUACUUAUAUAAAAACAAUUCCAAUACAGAUGCCAACUGGAAUAAAAAUCUGUUAGGAAAGCUUUUUGAACGAAGAAAGUCUUUAGCAGGUGCCAAAAAGACAGCAUGCCCGUUUAUUAGAGUCUUGUGCAUGCGUGCCAUCUGUAGUUGGAUGCAGAAAAUCAGAUGGUAACCAUCACUGUUGUAGACAUGUGCUACCAUUUUAAAGAUAAUUCUAUCUAUACUUGUACUGCAGAUUCAGGGUGUGUGUACAUAUUGAUUCAGAAGUGUGCUUAGUUUGAACUGCCACAGGCUACAAAUGUUCAAACUCAAAUGUAUUAGAGGACCAUGUUCACCACUUAGUAGAGCUUCAGGAGACAUAGUUGUGUCACCAAAAAAAAUCUAGUUCUACUUAGAUUGAAAAGCAGCUAUCAUUUCCACUGCAAUGAAACGUAGUUCUGUUUACACAAAAAGGAAUAGUUCCUUCAGGUUUAGAAAGCCAUGUAUUCCUAAACUUCUAUAAAAUUAGUAUACCAACCACAGAUGCUAUUUCAUUAUAUCCUGCAUACCUCUUAAAAUGCAUUUCUUUUACAAUCAAAUGAUGCUGGGGUUUAGAAAGUGGGGCUUUUAUGUCAGGAGGUGCAAUUUCUAAUCUGGUUUGUGACUAGGGCUUUGAUUUUGAAAAAUAGGUUGGGAAGGUUGUUAAUGAGACAGUGGCCUAGAUUCAACUAACCCAGUGCACCAGUGGAAGCCAUCAUAAGGACUCCUACUCAUGCAAUGGGGCUUUUCCUCAUGCCUCCCCCAAAUCCGCUCUGGAGAGUCAAGAAAAUCCCCAGAAUUGCACACGGGGGGAGGGGGAAAGAUUGGGUUGUUCUAUCUGACAAGCAGAAAAGUUCGUGCUGACAGAACGAUCAGAAGAGUGUGAUGUUGAUUUUCUCCCUGUGUGUAUAACUUCAGUAAUUUGGACCUUCUCUUUCAGUUUUGCCUAGACUAUAUCAAGAUACGUCUGGAAGGUUUGUAUUUCCCUAUUCUAAGUUAUAAUUUGGGCAGCUAGCAGUGCUUGGUUUGGAAUUAUUAGUGUGCACAACAGCUGUACUAAGUACUGAGAAUGGUGGAAGAAUAAUCUAUGUAUUUGGAUUUGGAGUUUCUGAUUUAAUAUGCUUACCACAGAAGAUAAAUGUUUAGCACCUUUUCACUGUUUGAAAUACGGUAAGCCUAACUUACCAUGUCCUGCCCUUGCUUUGCAUAUAAUAGGCAAGAACAGGGGUAGACUUACCUGCUUUGAAUGCAAAAGAUUCCAGAAUCAAUUCCUAAUAUAUCCUGGUAGGGUUGGAAUAGUCCUGCCUGAAACUUGGGGAACCACUGCCUGUCUGGGUAGACAGUACUGAGACAGAUGGCCUGACUUGUAAACAUAGGAGGCUGCAUUAUUCCAAGAUCUUGGAUUUGAACUAAAGAAGUGUUGGUGACAUUCACCCCUUCCACUGCUUUCCUCUGUGUACCCCCAAAGUCACUCUAGAAUGAUACGGGUUGUGGUGUGAGUGGACUACAGAGAAUGGCAGAAGCGCAGAAUGUGCUCCUUCUGUGAGUGGAAGUUCUUCUUGCCCAGUUGCUGAUCCAAGCUCCUGUGUUUGCUGCUGAAUAUAUUGUUUUAGCCUUAAGAUACAACAUUAGUCAUACCCAUAGUAGACCCAUUGAAAUAAUGGAUACUGAAUAUCAUCACAUGUAAAUAGUGCAUAACUCUUUAAGGGACAGUUUCCCUUCUUGUAAAGUAAAAUUGGAUGGUGCAGGGAAUAUACCUAAUAUUGUAUGACUAUUCAGUGGUUCCUUUUCAAAAAAGAUCUUGGAAAUAAUAAUCGCUCCUUAAGUAUUAACUUCAUGAAUUUCAGUUUUAAAACUGUCAAGCCAGGCAGAGAGACACACUACGAGGCUAUAUUUGAUAGUAGGGCAAAUAUACCUAUUGCAAAUUUCAGAGAUAGAUUAACAGGUUUUAUUUUCUUGAAAUGCAAACAGUUACAUUUUUCAGAUAAUGUUAAUGUAAGUAUCUCUGACCAAAAUAUGUUUUGAACCUUUCUAGAAUCAGAAAACGAUACUAGAGAUAUUUCUUUAAGAACAUCUGACCUUACGAAGUGUGAGUGGUGUGGUGUUCGCAAGUUGCCAGUAGUUUUCCUCCAAACUAUACCUGCUGCUUGUCAGAGCCUGAGAUCCCAACUGAAGAUGAACAGGCAAAAAGAUAAUGUCUGGUAUGACUGUAAAGGUGCAAGUAAGUGAACCUUUGUAUGCUAUUGAAACUUAAGGUGUUUUAAAAUAUUUUGAAACAGAGAUGUGUUAGAGAUGAGCUGUAUUUCACUAAAAGUUAUUUUGGUUUCUCUGAAAAUGCUCUAAUUAAAUAGCACUAGAAAAAAAUAGUCAUAUUUUGCCAGCACCAGAAUUCAGUGGUACUUUUAGGUUAAUAAAUGGAGACGGUAUAUUUUUGUCUGGCAUAUUUAGAAAAUUUUGUCUAGAUCAUGUUGAGGACAGCAUAGCAUAUUUUGCAUUUCCCAACUUCCUGAAGUUUUAAGUAACACACUGGUUUGGAAUGUUUUAUUGCAAUUAUGCUGCAUUUCUGGGAGUGACCCCUCCCAAAGAAUAUUGGUGGAGGGGGGCAAAAGGGUUUGGCCCCCAGGAGUUGGCAGCCCUGGUAUGUGUUAUGUCCUUUUUAUCUGGGCAGGGGGUUAAUAUCUUUCAUCAGAUUCUUAAAGUGAUCUGUGGCCCAGAAUAGGUUAGGAACCACAGUUCUCUCUACUCUACUCAGAGAUAAUUGUGUGCAGCACAAAACUCUGUGUGUGCUGUUAUGCUCAGGCUGCCCUUUUUUGGGAUCAGUAUCUUAAUACUACUCCCCCACCCCCCACUUGGGUGAUCUUUCCUACCAUUCCAGAGAAUAGGAAAGUAGUUAAGCACUUGAGCUGUGGAGUAAAAAAGGGGGUGCCUGAACUGAGUUUGGUGUCCGUUUCUUUCCCUUUCCAUCAGUCUCUUCAGCAACUUGCACGAGUAGCAGUUGACAUAAUGUGCCCUACUCUAGCUUUUUCAUGAGCAGAACCUUUUCUUUAGAAUGAGGCAUUGAAUUUUAGUUUUGUUCCAUUUAUAUGGCGGUUUCUUAUGAAUAAUUUCUUUAAUUGGUUCAGCCAGGGACCUCUUAGCUGUGAUUGUUAUUCAGACAUUUUUAAUGUGCUGUAAGCUGUCCAGAGUGGCUGGGGAAACCCAGCCAGAUGGGCGGGGUAUAAAUAAUAAAAUUAUUAUUAUCAACUUUAACUUUUGAAAAUGUAAGCAUUAUGGUUUUAAAAGCAUGCUUUCAUUGUCUCCUAACUCUCCCCCCCCUCCAUAGAUCCUGAAGAACAAUACAUCAUUUUAAUUUUUGAGACGGGCCUUGAUCCACAUGCAAAUGCAAUAUUUGAAAAAAUAAUCAUUGAUAUUGGUGUUAGGAACAACAUUUCUGAUUUUUUUGUGAAGAUUACAUUUGAAGAAGCAAAUAGUAGGCUUGUGGCCUUUACAAAAUCCUUUGAAGACACUUCUAGAGGAAGCACGGCUCAUAAAGAAGGCAAAGCAAAACAUGUACUACUCCUUUUCUUCAAAAUUGAAUUAAAAUGUUAAAUAAGUUGUGAAGUCAUUUGUUUAGAAAUGCCCUUUGCAAUGUUCUAGAUAAAUUUUAUCAAAGAGAGGGCCAAAGUAUAUAUUUUUGGAUAGGAAAACUGAAAAAAUGAAAUGUUAUCAAGUCAAAAUAUAUGCUUUCCAUGUAAUAUAUUUUGUCAAUGUGAUAUUUCAGCUAUUUUAUGUCUGUUUACUAAACAGAAUAUUUAGUCAGGUUCUGAUCUUAACUUAAUAUCCUGGUUAAUAAAUCAAUAUUAAAAUUGAAUUACCUGUUUCAUACAUAAUGGGGAAUCUGGUUGAAACAGUCCAGGAAAUCUGCACUGGAGCUGACAUAGAGCAGGAAAGGGGAAGGGGUAACAGAGGAGGGUGCAGGCCUGGUGCUCAUUGUACCAUAAACCAUGGUUUUAAGAUGCUGGGAACAUUACGUCUCUAUGUGCCCACUGUGUUCAUAUUCAUAUUCUAUUUGGUUUCAACAGGUAGUUUUAUAAAAAGAGGGACAUGCUGUGCUAUUUGGGAAUUGGAAAGGAUUUUAAUAUUUUAUGACUUUGGUAUUGCAUUGUAAAUAAGUAUUCUUUUUUCCCCAAAGGUCUCUGAAUCCAAAAUGCAGCUGCGAAAUGCAACACAAUUCCAGUUUUUUGAUGAUGAUGAAAGUGUUGAACCACAUACAGUCUUUAUAGGUCCUAUAGAAAAGUAAGAGGUCUUUCUGAGUGUUGUAAUUAUUUCCUAAAUAAUUCAGUUCAGUAUUUAUUUAACUUUUUAUUAUUAUUUGCAGGUUGAUUGUUUAUCCCCCACCUCCUGCAAAGGGUGGUAUUUCUGUGACCAAUGAAGAUCUUCAUUGCUUAAAUGAAGGAGAAUUUUUAAACGACGUAAUCAUUGAUUUCUAUUUGAAGUAAGUUGUUUGAGUGUAUUGAAACCUUUUGUGGUGUCUGUCUAACUUAGGCAAGUUGAUGGACAAACCUUAAAUUCUAAAUAAAGUAUAUCUGCCGAAACUAUAAAGUUCUUACAUUUGUCUACUUUUGUCUGCGUAGAAUGGCCAGCAUGUGGCAGUCUUUUCAAGAAUAACAGGUCUUUAGAGGCAAGAAUGAAAGCAUUGUUUUAUUUUGUUCUUGUUUCUCUUUUUCAAAAUAAAGAUAUCUGGUGCUUGAACAAUUGAAAAAAGAAGAUGCUGAUAGAAUUCAUGUAUUCAGUUCCUUCUUUUACAAACGCCUUAAUCAAAGGGAGAGAAGAAAUCUCCAAGAAACCUCAAAACUUACGUAAGUUUGGUUAAAAUAUGUAUUAUAAAAUUCCAGUUUCAGCAUGUCUCAUCCAUCCCCUGUGGGGACAAUGGCAUUUUUAAAGAUGAACUUCAGACUCAAGGCCCUCCCCUUCCAAUAUGGUUAUAAGGAGAUUGAAAAUAAAAAUUUCCCAUAUGCCUCUGGCUGCACCAGAGAAGGAGAGGAAGGGAGCACACAAGCCAGAGGGUCAUGUACAUCUGACCCAGAUUAAUAUGCGACAAAUUCAUUUAUCAUAAAUUGAGUAGAAGAACAGAAUGGUACUUUUUAUAAGUAAAAGCUGUAUGAUUUACCACUUGGCAAUUCAUUUUGACUUUUUAAAAAUAUUAUUUCCGCCCAAACAACUGAAGAUGCAGGAGAAGUCCUAAACAUAUUCACAUAGCUGGUGCCACAAGAUUGUGAUAAUAGUCAAAUCCUCAUUGUUGGAGAGGAGAAUGCAUAAAUAUCACCUAAAUACCAAUCCUUGUGUUUUAUAUUGUUUUAUAUUGAUGUGUUCGCAGAAUUCAGCAGAAACGGCAUGGACGAGUGAAAACAUGGACACGACAUGUUGAUAUCUUUGAAAAAGAUUUUAUUUUUGUUCCUCUUAAUGAAGCGUAAGUAGAAUUUGUUCUGCUAUGACUGGUUGUGGGACUGUGUGUCUGUUAUCUGAGCCAUGUUCUCAACUAUCAUACCGUCCAGAAAACCCUGGAUAUCAUCUGUAUGUAACCCCAUCUUCUCUGGGGCCUGAGUUAUUAUUCUCUCAAUAUGCACACCUUUCCCCCAAAUAUUCUUUCCCCACUUCUCUUCAACUGUCAGAACCACAAACUGAGUAUUCUUCCACCUCUCUGAUGUCCUUGAAGAUUCUCUUUUGGUUCAAGUUCCCCCCAAUAGGGAAACUAGGUCUACAGAGAGAUCCUUGCAUAAAUCACUUAUCUGGGAAAAUUGGAAUAGGUAGUUGCAUUGCAAUGCGGCGUCUCUAUUUGUUUGAAGGACACAUUUGCUCCUGAGCAGUGCAGCUAGUAUGGGCAAAACCAGCUGUGUUUUUGGUACAGACUGUUUUCAUGAUGAAACACAUGCUAGGAUUGCACAGGUCAUUGGCUGUGUUUGCACGUAAUGCUAAACCAUGAUGUAGUGCUAUGAGGAUGAGCUUGAAUGAGCCCAAGCAAAACAUGAGGCACACAUGUGCACAAAUUCCCCCAUUCCCCUCCUGACCACACAGGAUGAGUACAAUGCAAUCACAUCUUUGCACAUCUGACUUGUGCAAUUUCAAAUAUAUGCAGUUGAAGGCUAGCUGGUUGAAGUCUGGCAAGGUUUUUUUUGUGCUGGGUUUUCCUGGUGCAAAAAGAGCUUUUUAAGCUCUCUGCCUUGCCUCCCAAGCAUAGCUGUCUCCUCUUCUUGGAUCAGGGAUGCACCUGUGAGAUUUCGUGGAAACUUGGAUGGCCCUGCAAGAUCUCAUAAGAGCCAAUGUACCAGUUCCAAAAGCCCUAGGUAGUUCAGUUGGGGGUUCAGUUCUGAGGGUUUGAGUAUAUGUGUUUUUUGCUUAUACACAGAACCUUUGAAAUUGAACGCAUAAGCUGUGAUUGCACUGUACUUCAGCAACAUUUGGUUUCCCUUUUACUGAGUCCUGGCUUCGCAUUGUGCUUGACCAGGGAUUCUGGUUUAAAACAGUGCAAUUUACCAGAAAUUUCCAGGAGGAGGCAAUUUUUAAGUUUCCCUUUACAGUUUAUCCAUACAAUUAUUGUUUCUUGUUCUCUAAAUGUGACCACACUAUUUACAUAUAUGAAUGUGUGAAACAGAUGACUAUGAUAAGAAUGUAAAUAAUGAACAAAUAAUUUUGGAGUUAUUUGAUCUAUACUAAAUGAGUAAUAAUAUAUAUAUGUGUGUGUGUGUGUGUGUGUGUGUGUGUGUGUGUGUGAUGAGUCAAUUCUUAGUUUUUUGUUUUUUUACAGGGCCCAUUGGUUUUUGGCUGUCAUCUGUUUCCCUGGUUUAGAAAAUGCAAUAUAUGAGACCAAUCCGUACUACCACGAAAACGUAUCUAUGCAGGUUAAAUCUUCCUCUUUGGAUCAAGAAAGAAGCACUUCUUCUCCUGUACCUAAUGAAUUGAAUACGUUACAUCACUCCUCUUCGGCAUCUUUUACAAAGAAGGUGCUGAACAAGAAACAUAUUGCAGCAUUAACUGACACAAGCAUAGAAGCCGGGGAGACUGAAUCACAGUAUUGCAAAAGAUCCCCUUCUGUGAAAAGUGGCUUAAAAAAACUAAAUCAGUUAAACAGCACCCCAGAAGGACUGAGAACUGUGGAAUCUGUGUUUCAUAAACAUGACCAUAGGAUUUCAGAGGCAAAUGGCAUGCAGAACGAAGAUAAAAUUCACAUCCAGGCUACGGGUAUGUACUUUUGGCUAUAUAUGUUUGAUAUUUGGAAUUUGAUACCUUAUUACUGCUAAUAUAACUUAUAUUUUUUUCCUUUAAAUAAUUAAACUGCUAAAAAAAAUCCCAGUGAAUGAUGGGGUGGAGGAGGGGAGUGUUGAGACUGUAGCACUGCUAAAGCUCAGUGGGAGUUCAAUAUGGAACAUAUCUUGUAAAAAAGCAUGUCAGGGAUUGCUGGUGGGAAUGCCCUCUGCUGAGCAUUGGCAAAUAGCUGCCAGCGACAGUAAACAAUACUGUGCUAGAUAAGCCAAGUAUAUGCUCACUAUAAGACCACUUUCUAGAUUCACAUUACGAAUCCCGUUUCUUUAGAAUCAGCCAGCCACUAAUAAGAUUUGUUCUACAUAUUUUCCUCCAGCUGUGCAUCAAAUGGUAACAUUUCAGUGUUGCAAAAACACCAAUGUAAGAAUUUCAGCUGAUCCACGGUAAAUGUGCAGUGGUUGGUGAAUCUUGGCUCGGAAAACUAAAAACUAACAUUUAUAUUUUCUUUAGUUAGAGCCGCAGAAAAGCUAAUAUAAAUUUAGUCAUAGAUUUCAAGUUUAGAUUUUCUUCAGAUCAUCACUGUUUUGCUCCUUCUGGAGAUUCAGAUGUGGAAUUCAAAGACCACCAUUUUCAAAAUCAGAAAUGCAAUCAGUGACGCCUCCUUAAGAUACUAAGCUUUACUGGUUUCUAAAAAUAUGCAGCAUUCGGUACUUUGUUGAAGUAAUUUGUUGCUGAGGUAAAUGUAUGAGGAAGAUGUCAUUCUAUCCACGGGGCCUCUUUUAACGGGCUCACCCUGUAUAACUAGAGCCAAGUGAUCAGCUUGUUUAGGGUUGCCAUAUUUCAAGGGUUUUUUUUUUAGGAUGACUCCAACAUUGUUGGGUAAACCUAAGCUUUUUGAGCUGUUUCCACAGCUUUUUCUAUUACGUUGCCGUACGUCCAGAUUUUCCCUGACAUUUUGCUGAUUUGGCCACAUACAACCCCCGGGACACCAUUUUUACAACAUAUUUUACAUAGUGAAAUAUGUGGUCCUGUUCACACAUUUCAAUAAACCCUGUUUUAGUGAAACAUUCACAAGCUGCAGUGAGCCUUGGGCUGAUUUGGAUAAACCAAAAGUAAAAGCUAAAACUUCUGAAAUCCUACUGGCCAUAAGGGAGGAAGGGAGAGAACAGAAUGUCCGAGCUCAAGGUUUGCUGUGUGUUUUUUCCUACUUGUGCAUAUUGCAAACCACACGAAACAAAAAUAUAUCAUUUCACAACUGGAGAAGAGUAAAACCGUCUACUUAGUUCUGAUCAAGCAAACCAUUUGAUUUGUCCGCUUAAGCAGUUCUUGUAUAGAAAGUGUGCAUCUGCCUAAUUCAUAAUAGCCAAACUGGCUCACUGCAAAUGGGUGGACUCAAUGUGAGUGGGAAGAUUGUGACUGCUUACCUACCUACCUCCUCUAGUCCUGUUGCUAGCUAAGCCACUUUUUGGCUUAGGGUGUCAUUUCGACCUGAGCUCCAAGAACAGACUUUGGCUGCAAUUCCUGCUCUGUCUGGAGCAAGACAAAUUACAAGCCCGGAUUCUGACAAUGCACUAAGGCAAACCACAAUUUAGGUCACAAUAGCAGGACCAGGGAAGGAGCAAAGUGGCUGCAAUCUCCUCUCUGGGAAUGUGGUUUGGCUUAAUGUUAUGUUGAACACACAACAGAAAAAAUUGUUUCACAAGCUGACAUCCUGCUGCUGUGUUGCUGUGUGUGCUAUAUUGCUUCCCAGUCAGUACAGUAAGCUAUGUCUCAGCACUGCUGUGAGAUGUAAUUUAGCUGAGUGUUUUUAGCUUGAUAGCUGAGCCCAAAGUCUUGAACCCACUUGCCUGUAAAUCCCGUUGAACUCAAUGGGACUUAUUAAGCAGGGAUAGGAUUGCACUGUUGGAAGUAUAGAUUUCAGUUAGACAUUUGUUCUCAUGUAUGAUGCUGACAAAAAAAAAAACAUUUAUUCCACUUUGUGGUUUACUGUUCCUGUCCAGAAGCUAAUGUAUAUAAUGUAUAUGUCUGUGGCAAUUCUGUUUUCAUUUUUUUACUAAUCUUUGUGGUUAAUGCAGAUGGUUUACAGAAAAUUAGACUAAACUACAGUGAAGAUUCAACUGACAGCACUAAACUAAAUGAAGAUGAACUAAUAGAUUUUUCAGAAGAUCAAGAUAACCAGGUAAAAAGUCUAAGCAGCAUUACUUGGAUAUAACUAGUAUUCUUUAUUUCUAGGGGUGAAGGUGUUUAAAAGAAUUCAGUAGAACAGGUAUUAAAAUGGAGCAAAUAACCUGUUAAUCACCUUUUCAGUACUUUUUUUUUAAGCAGGUGUUCAGCAUUUUUGUAGUUGAGGUGUUCUUAGUGUAGUGUAUAUUGCAAGACUCCCUCAACAACCUAUCAGUCAUUUAUUUGAGGCUAGUAAACUAACGUACGAUGGCAAUGUGACACUUAACUGUGUUUUCAAGUGGCUGUGCUUUUGCAAAGACAAAUGGAAGAUUAAUUUUAACUAGUGAUACGUGUGUGUGUACAUGCAUGUAUUCUAUAUAUUAAAGAUAUAUAUAAAGAUUAAGGCUUCUUACUUAGUGCUGUUAGCACUACAGUGGUACCUCAGGUUACAUAUGCUUCAGGUUACAGACUCCGCUAACUCAGAAAUAGUGCUUCAGGUUAAGAACUUUGCUUCAGGAUGAGUACAGAAAUUGUGCUCUGUCGGCGCGGCAGCAGCAGGAGGCCCCAUCAACUAAAGUGGUGCUUCAGGUUAAGAACAGUUUCAGGUUAAGAACGGACCUCCGGAAUGAAUUAAGUAGUUAACCCGAGGUACCACUGUAUUUCUAUUUCAAUAAAAUACAGCCUAGCAUUUCUCCAGUACUUCUCUGGAGCACUUUCUUGGUUAUGUUCCCAACUCCAGCCACUAGAAGGCGAGCUUUAUCCAUCAUUGUAAUCAUCAAAAAUUGAGCAGAAGGUGCUUCUUUGUUAAACAGAAUUUCGGACUGUGUUAAAGUUUCACUUUAAUGUGGAACUUGUUCCACAUUACGUGCACCAAGGGAAUGUUGCUUUUCCCUUUUUUCCCUUCUAUUAUUCAAGGAUAUCAGUCCAGUUAUAUAUUAAAUAGCAGUCUUUAUUUGAAGAGUUACUAGUGUGGUUUGCAAUUUCAAAGACUAUACAGACUAAUACUUACAGGCUGUCCUGUUCCUUCAUCCAAUGAGUUGUUUUUCCUUUCAUCAGCUGUAUAUGUGAGGCAUAGUGAGACUGGAUGCAGGUCAGUAAUUUCUACCUAGAGGGACUUCAGAAUCUUUUUGAAAAGUAUUUUCACAGCUGUUCAGGAAAUAAAAAUAGCUAAGAAAGAAGUUCUAUCCUCAUAGUCCUAGUGGUACACUUGAAAUACUCUCAUCCUGUGAUACUUAGAUUCUGAAUAGGAAGAUGGCUUGGAUUUAUAGUCCUCCACCUAGAAAUUUCUAAACAUAACCCUUUAUCUAGUUUUUAUAUUCUUAAAUAUUUUGUAAUCUUUGUCUGAGUUAUUUCUAGCCUUUCCUGUAGGUUUUCUUUUGGCUAGUUCUCCUGCCUUUAUUCAAGAGCUGGAGGCAAUCUACUGAAUGUAGUUUCUGUGUUGUGUGCAGCUUGAAUUAUAUAGUCAUAUAUAAUUCAUAUAUUUGCAGUUGUACUUGGAUUGCACCUGCCUUGGUAAACAGGUCAGUUUUUCAGAAGGGUGAAGGGUCAUUUGCUGUCCUCCAAGAAAAUAUUCACAUAGCAUAAAGGUGGAACUUCAAAACUUUGAAGUAUCACACUUACCUGCAUAAAGGCAGAAAUGUAUAUUGCUCAUUACAUUGCAUUGCAGGCUGCAGAGAUUACUGCAGAAAUGGAAACUAUAUUUUGUGUGUGAUUAUUUUUCUCCCAUCAUUAUAUGAUGUGGGGGUUUUCUGUACUGAUAGGUUCAUUUGGUUUCUAAGUUCUAAUUUCUAGAUAAUGUUUCUCCUGGAACAGAAGAAUUGCUUCCUGAUUUUAUUACAAAGAGUAGUUCAAAUACAGGUGGCGGUCUUUGUUGCAGAAAAAGUUUAAAUUCUUUUUCUCCACUUCCGCCAAACUCGGUUACUUAAAGAAGAAAAGUUCAUUGGCUCUGUCUCUCUCUGUCAUUGGUCCUGGCUUCAUCUACUGCCUUUGCCCGACCAAUCCCAAUGUGCACCAGCCCCCAAUGCCUGUAACAUAAAAGGCAUGAGUAGGGGAGGGAGCUGGCAUUUUGCCUGAGUCCUAUAACCACAUGGAUCAUGCCACCUUGCUGCAUAUGUAAAUCUAGCUUCUCCUGAGUUUCUUAAGAUAGAAUCUUACAAAUACAUAUUUUCUAUUUUAGGACAACAGCAGUGAUGAUGAUGGUCUUGCGGAUGAUCAUUGUAAUUCAGAAUUAGGACAAUGGCAUCUGAAGCCAACUAUAUGUAAACAGUAAGUUUUGAAGUGACACAUUUAUGGCUUUCCAUUAAUAAUCACAGAUGUGUCUUCUGAAUCCAGUGUUCUUUUCAUUCCCCUGUUCUGUCAUUUCCAAAUUAAAAGCUCAAAUUAAAAAAAAAUUAAUUCCUGCUCUGGUAAGGCAGGAUUUGAACAUUGUAAAUAAGCUUGUAUAAAAUCUCUGCUUUUUUAUUCUUUCAGAAUUUAGAUUACUCAACCUCUUUUUCUUCAUUUGCCAAUUCUGGGUUUACAAAAGAAUUAAUAUACAUUGUUACAUUAUUAUGGCUUAUGUUUGCUGUAAGUAUCUGCAUCACCAGUGAAGUAUUCUUAACAGUCUGCCUGCUCCACCAGAGGGAAACCUGUUAAUGUUGUAAGCUUUUAGAAUAUCGCAUUCAGAGCUACUGUGACUCUGUGCCACAGCCUGGCAUGGAUUGUCUCAAGCAGAUGGUGGCUCAAGUAUCUAUCCAGCUCGAAUCCAAAGGCUUAACGGUCGAUGUAAUACUACUUCAGAUAUCAGCUUUGCUUAGCAAAAAGGGCACAACUACUUUAAUAUCCACACAUAUUAGGCUAUGGCUCCUUAUGUUGCUAACCAGUUCCUUAAAUUUGCUUUUUCAAUAGAAAUAUAUUAUUAUUAUUAUUAUUAUUAUUAUUAUUAUUAUUAUUCACUUGAUUUUUUUCUGUUUUGCACCUUAUGUGUAAGCUGUUCUUAAUAUGUUGUUCCUCUUAAAAGUUUAAUGGGCCAAACAUAGAGUAACUGAUAUGGGUAAAUAUAACUGUACAUAAUUCUAUUCUAUGCUUGAAAAGUCCUACCAGUGGAGUGCUUGGGGAAUAUAAUUGCUAUACUAAUGCAGGAUCUGACCCUUGGAUUUGGUGCUGGAUAGCUAUCCUUAUACACACACCUGGGCUACAUUUGUUGUAUAGUUGUUAAUUACCUUCCUGCUUUAAGAAUUAGGUAGAUUAUUUAUCAUUGUGGCUCCAAAGUUGAGCUGUGACUGACUUGUUAUUUCCUCUCCAUCAUGAAGUAAUUAUGUGACCUUCAGCACUCUUUCACAACCUCAACUCCCAUCUGCCUUAUAAGAAUAUAAAGAAUUGGACAUAAACUUUUCUUUUUGCAAUAAUAGUAGGUGGUUAAAAAGGUAGGCAUAUUUAUGCAAAUCUAAAUCCACUUGCUUUGAGAUAUACAGGUUAGAGGAAAAAUGAAGUAAAGUUCUGAUCUUUUGAGUGUAGUUCUGGGUCUUGUCUAGGCAAGGGAUUAAGGAACCUGUGGUCCUUCAGAGGUUUUUGGACUCCAUCACUCAGUGGGAUGGCCAAUAUGACCAGUAGUCAGAGAAGAAUGGAGUUUUCAUUCAGCAACAUCCUGAGGGCAGCAAGCUCCCUCCCUGUUCCUGAUCUAGUCUUAUAUUGUCAUGAAAUAAUACAUGUACAUAGCUGCUCAAAUUAUUUGUGUUUAGUCCUUUGUUAAAUCUCAUUGUAAUUUACUGUACAUUCAUGUAGCAUUCACAAUGAAAUGAAAGCAAAAUGCAGCAUAGCUUUUGUUGUUGUUGCUUAGUCGUUUAGUCGUGUCCGACUCUUCCUGAACCCAUGGACCAGAGCACGCCAGGCACUCCUGUCUUCCACUGCCUCCCGCAGUUUGGUCAAACUCAUGCUGGUAGCUUCGAGAACACUGUCCAACCAUCUCGCCCUCUGUCGCCAAACUAUUGGAGCCUCAGCUUCACAAUCUGUCCUUCCAGUGAGCACUCAGGGCUGAUUUCCUUACAUAGUUUUUAGGUGGAGUGAAACAAAACCUGUGUCCUCUUCCUGGUUGCAUAGAUGUGAAGAAGAAAAAAGAGACUUCUACUGUGUACGGAUCAUGAAAGAAAUCUCCUUUCCCCCCCCACAUACCUGUGAGAGCUAUAUGAACCCUCAUCAAAUAAUAUCAUUUCCUUGUUUUAACACUGUGGCAUAUGCAAAAUUCUAAUGAGACCAAAACAAUUUGCUUUCUUGUAGGCCUUGCAUUCUGCUCAUGGAUUCAUUGCGAGGGCCUUCCCGAUCAAACGUCGUUAGAACACUACGGGAGUAAGUAGUUGACCUCUCAAGCAAAACCUUUUCAGUCAAUGCUGGAACAUCCCAUAAAAGCAUUUUUCUCAUCCUCUUGAUUUUAUAUUGCAGAUACUUGGAGGUGGAGUGGGAAGUCAGGAAAGGCACUAAAAGAAGUUUCUCCAAAGAUGUUAUGAAAGGCUCAAACCCUAAAGUGCCACAGCAGAACAACUUUAGUGAUUGUGGAGUUUAUGUGCUACAGUAUGUGGAGAGCUUUUUUGAGGUGAGAUUACUGGUAUUUUUAGUUUAAAAUUUUAGGGACAUUGAAAUUAUUGGGUUUAAUUUAGCCACCAUGCACAUUUCUGGAGCCUGUGGAUGGGAGUCACCUAAUGAACUCCAUGCAGCUGGGCUUUCUAUACAGUCAUACUGUGGUUCUUGAACAGAAUCCGUUCCAGAAGUCCGUUUCACUUCCAAAAAGGUUCGAAAACCAAGGCGUGGCUUCCAAUUGACUGCAGGAGCUUCCUGCAGUCAAUAGGAAGCUGCGUUGGACAUUCAGCUUCCAAAAAAACAUUCGCAAACCGGAACACUCACUUUUGCGGUGUUCGGGAGACAAAACGUUCAAGUCGCAAGGCGUUUAGGAUCCUAGGGAUGACUGUACUCUCUUCCCCCAUGUGCUCCCUGCUACCCCCACAGUGGGGGAGGGGUGGAGGGAUCAUUCAAUCUGGCAAGCUCGGGCAGGCGGAAUGUUCAUAAUAGCCAAAAAUAGUGGAAUUCAGUGUCACGCUAUCUUGUUUUCUUUGUGGAAUAUGGCAUUUUAUGCAGAACUAAUCACUUUCUUCAGACAUCUGAACGGAAGCUCAUGUACCCAGGGACAUUGGAAGCAGUGCUUGUAUGCACCUCUUGGCCCUGUCUCCACAUUUUUCUACCUCCAUGGCUUUUAUUUUACAAUGAUUAGAGGUAGUUAACAAGCUGCAGUACGGCAUUUGUAAAAGACCAGUUACUUCCCAAUGUUAUGUUUGCUUUGGAUUUGAUAAGGCAACUCCUGCCUAUCUUUGCCACAUUCUCAGUGGGCUACUGUGUCAGGAUGACUAGUUGGCGGCAGCACCUAUUAUAGGUUAAAUUAAGAAGAAUGAGCAAGAGUGUAGCUUGCUCCACAACAUAGAAUAAUGAUGAUGGCUGAAUCCUAGGAUUAACGCUUCUGUUGAUACUUUGUUUUGUUUUGUUCUAUAGGUUAUAUAAACAUGCACACAUUUAAUGUAAAGUAGCUUUAAAAUGCUGUGGGGACUCUAGUUCCCCAGUGUGCCUUGAACAAUUUUAUAGAUGCAAAUGGAUUAAGUACACAUUUAAAUUGUGUAGUGAGGUGUCAGUAGGAACCCUUUCCAAUGCAUGUUGUAUUGUGCUGAGUGUUGGAGCUGUAGAAUUCUUUGCAGAUGAUGAUCCAUCACGAGUACUAUAACAAUGGCAGAUAAGCAAACCUGUGCUCCAUUUGUGACAAAAAAGAAAAGAAAAGAAAAAGCAUUUCACUCCCUUUUGCCGUAUUGUGUGAGCCUGUGCAAAAGUUAUCUAGGGCAUUCUGGUAGAAGACCAUAAACUGCUUCUAACGAUAGAUAAAUCUGUAAGGUGUGAGCAAGACAACCUUCCUGCUUCUCUUAUUAAGCCAGCAUUCUAGCCUAAUUCCCCGGGUCUACAGAACAUUGUCACAGCUUUAUCCUGGCCCCAUCUGUACUAUUCACUUAAAGCAGCAUCAUGCAACAGUCACUGCUUCUUCCAAAGAAUUCUGGGAACUGCAUUUUGUUAUGGGUGCUGAGAGUUGUUAAGAGACCCAUAAUUCCGCUCAUAGAGCUACAGUUCCUGAGAAGACAGAUUGACUGUUAAGCCACAAUUGUAGAUCUAUGAGGCGUAUUGGGGUCCUCCUAACAAUUCUCAGCUGUGACAGGCUACAGUUCCCAGAGCUCCGUGGGGGAAGCUUUGACAGUUUAAAGUGUUAUGACGCUGCUUUAAAUGUAUUGUGCAGCUGGGACCUUAAGAAGGUAGCUGAAUAGAACCAAAUAUAGUAAUCAAUGUUUCAAUGUAGUCAAAACUAGUUCAGCUAGGCUAGUUUAUGCACUCUGCUCAUGAAGGCCUUGUACAUUUCAGCAAGCGGAAAUAAAUAUAGUUUUUAUUGUUUUGUUGAGAAUUUCUGUAUGGUUGUUUUCUUUAGGAGUAUGUUGUACUAUGUGUAUGCUCUUUUAAGAGGAAACUGGAGGAAGGGUAAAAAUGUAACAAAUCUGGCAUUUUCCGAUAUUCUUAAUUUUUGAAUCUGUCAUAUAAAAGUCAUACAUUAUAGGCCAUUUUGCUAUAAACCUACUUCUUUUGUCCCUACUAGACUCCUAUUCUAAGUUUUGAACUACCAAUGAAUUUAACAGACUGGUUUCCUCGCCCAAGAAUGAAAACAAAACGAGAAGAAAUACGAAACAUAAUCCUGAAUCUACAGGAACAGCAGAACAAAGAAAAGAAGGGACAGAAGGACACUAAUUUGGCAGAGAAAUCUUUUCAGGAAGGAAUAGAACAAUUUAUCAGCAGCUGUUCAGACUGAAUAUUUUCUGUUGCAUGUUAUGGCUACAUUUUAAAAAAACAACACAAUCUUGAAAUUUACCAUAUCCUCAUUGCCCAAACUAAGGACUUGGAGUACUAUCAACUGAAACUUACUGUUGAUGCUUAUAAAUGUAUGUCAUUAAUUAAACAGAUUCCCCUCAAUAUAUUAACUAGACAAAUCUGUACAUAUGUUAAUUAGUCCAACCUUUUUCAAUAUUUGUAAUUAAGUUUUUCACUACAUAGAAGACCUUUUGUUAUGUAUUUCUGUUAAUAGAACUUAAUAGAAACUUCUAGACACAAAGCAAAUAAAGAAGAUAUUUAUAGGAUGAAUUGGUUAACUCUUUCUGUGUUUAAGUAAAGUUGUCAUUGAACAUUUCCCAGUAAGACUUCUGUAAUGCACGGGGAAUACCUAUGUAGCAAGGUGAUCAAACCCAUACUUUGAUUUACAGUUGCCAUAUACAAGAUGUGUCUGCUUCAGCUAUGUACAACAAUAUAAGAAUGUGUCUAAAUGCAUUGUGUUUCCAAGGUGAGGAGUUUGCACUUUGAAUCCGAGUGCCAGGCAGUGUAAUCUUUAGUAAAGGACACUUCAGAUAAUGAAAGAAGGAACUUCACAAGUGCUUGGAAUAAUGCUGCUUUAUGACCACAAGUUUACUCAAGCAGUAUUUAAUACAGUCUGAAACAGAGCUUAAGUAAUACUGUUGAAUCCUUUUUGGGGGUGUGGCUCCCGAUCGUUGCUCAACUGUAUUUUGACAAUUCUUUCAUUAUGAAAUUGUAUUUUUUGUAAGUGUGCUUGGAAAUAGCAGCAAAUUGUCCACAUUACAUUUUCUGUGUCAGAAUUCUGAAUGUGCAUUCAUAUGUGCUUUAUCUAUCUGAUGGAACAUUUCUUAAAUGUACGAGUACUAUUUUUUUGUAUUGUCCAGAAAACCAAAAUAUUGCUAGAUGUCAUUGCUUGCUUGCUUCCUUCCCCCCUCAAUUUUAAGUAGAGUUAUCUUCCAAUACUGAGACAACUUAUUGGCAUAUUUCCAUGAUGUAAUUUGAUUUUUAAAUUACGUUUCAAGAAGUACAGCCUUAUGAUGCCAGCUUUUUUAAAAAGUCCAAAAGAAAUCAAGUCUCUUCCAUAACUCCUUAAAUAUUCACAAGGUAUUGAUAUUGAAAACUGGGGAACAGAAACUCCUUUGCAGAUACGUUUUGGUGUAACAAUGCUUUUGUCCAAAAGAGACGUUGAAUGGGAGGAAAUAUACUGUUGGAAUAUGCUGAGUUUUAGACCAUCAUGACUCCAUAUGUCCUUUUAACCUGUAUACACAGGAUUUUUUACUUUUGCAUCAGUUCUUGAUUUUUACAGCAGUGUCACCCGCUCAGUACACCUUUUUGCUUUUGUUUUUACACGCAGCUAGUUCUGAUAUUACUUUGUCCAAAGAGGAAGACCAAGGCAGUACUGUUUGGCGCUGUAGUGCAGCACACAAAAUUGCUUCUGUCUAAUUGGCUUCAAUUUAAGGAGCCCAGAUUUAGGAUUGCAGCCUUAUGUUUUCCAUACUUUCCCAAUAUUUGCCGUCAUCAGACCAGCUGUAGAGCCCUCAUGGCAUUGUCAGUGUUACACUCAAGAAAUCCAUAGUGAUAGCUUGUGACUCUGAAGAAACAGCUCUUGGGAUUAGAUAUAAAAGCGCACAAGUGGCACUAAUGAUCCUCAAAAUUGAGAAUUACUAGUCAUUUUUUAAAAAAGCUAGCUAGAGUAAAACCUAAAAAGGUUUGGCAACAAAUGUAAACUUUUGUUGGUGUGGCAAAAUAAUAAUAAUAGUACUUCUUGAACAAGUUAUAUUAGAAGAGUAGACUUAGCAAAAUGCAUACCAGCCUGGGCAAGGUUUUUUGUUGAAAUGAUUUUUUUAAAAAAACAAAAACAAAACAGGUUGUGGUAUACUUUAGUUCUGAUUACAUGGUUCUGUUUUUCAGAAUGUCCUGGAGCUUGUAUUCCUUUUCGAGAUGUGAAGAAUGCAAUGUUUCUCUUAAUAUUAUGGUAAUGGAUCAGUCAUGCAGCAACCUGAUACACAUGUUGAUAUAGGAAAUUUAUUUUUUUAAUAAAAUGGUCAAAAACAA